CAUGUCGUGAAGCACAGCCAACUUCUCUCGACCCUUGCAAAUGGCCAAUGACUCUCAGUGUGUGAAGCCAGUGAUCUAAAAAUCACAUUAUUAGAAUCAGCAGCUCAGCCUGCACUCAGAACUGUGUGGCCAGUAUGCGUGCUGCUGGGACGGACAGCUGAUUCAAUGUGUGCACCAGUAGAUAUUGCCACUGCUGGGAUAUACUGCAGAGCAGAUCAUUUGCUAGCCACUACGCAGACAAUGCCUUAUUCGUUAAAACUUGCCGUGUUAAUCUUCUGCCUCAUUCUUCUAACAGCUAGCAAGAAGCACAGGAGGAGGCGUUGGGCAGGUCAGAUGGAAAUGCAGAAGCAGUCCAGGUAAGCAUCUUCAGACCCAGGUAUCUGUCUGUGCUUUGAUUCCAAUGAUAACCGACUGCUUUCAUUUCUUCAAAUACGAAGGAGCAUACUAGUUGUUUUGCCUUUUAAUUAAAUAAAAAUUGCCACAGUACAAAGUUAAUAAUUUUUUUUUAAAGAGGCAUUUAUUAUGUCAUAUCAUAAUAAAUAACAAAUAUUCAAUAAGUUAGUUUUAGCGAGCAAUGGUUUAUUCAUCUUUAUCACUUCUGCUAGUGCAGACUCCACUUCUCAUGUUGCUCAGCCUGCAUGUUCCAAAACAGCUGGAGUGCAAAAGCUCAGACAUCGGUGACAUGUUAGAGAUAUGAUCAUCCCUACACAAGGUUAAUUCCUUAAAGACAAAAUGUUACACUUAGACAAUAUCCCAAUACGGUCCUCACAAAAGCUUAGACCUGCAUGAAUUGUCCUGCUUAUUUCACACCAUCUGCUCUAUGCAGCCCAGUUGUUAACGGAGGUAGGCAUUCAAUUUUUGGAAUAGGAUCCUUGGAAAAUAUAGAAUGUUAUUAGCGCAGAAACAGGCACAGGUCAUUAAAGGGUUAAUAAAGAUCAUAUUUGAAUCUUCUUCACAUCCAGUAUAUUUCUACAUUACAUGUGUAGUGACAUGCGGAAGGGGAUAGUGUAGUUUAUCUAAAUAGAAAAAUAUGUUUCCAUAGCUCCCAACACUGAUAGAUAAGCUAUUGUUUGAACAAAUCUAGUGUCAGAUUGUGUUCCUCUCUUUAAAUCUUUAAAUCUGAUAUAUCACCAUAUGUAUGCCAUGUCUGUUAUGUUUGCCUGCUGUGCAGUUCCAUGUGGUCGCAUUUAAUGAAUUAAACUAUAGUUAUAGUAAUAUAUGUUCCUUUACUGAGUUUUACACACAACAUGUAUGAGAACAUAUUUAACUUUCGUACUGUCUUAAGCUAUUUCUCAGCCUUUUUCUCACCCUUUUGAGUAGAGGUUUAGAGUUUGAUGUCUUUUUUUUUUUUUUUUUACUAACAAUCAAUGUUAGUAAAUGCCGUGCAUAAAUGAAAAGUAUAGUUACCUCAAUGUUUCCGUCCAUAGUAAUUCAUUAACCUCUUAAGGAUGGAGGGAACUGUCCAAGUUCUGAACCAAAACAAAACCUAGAAUUUGAGCUAUGUCUCUGUUCAACCAUAACUGACCUCUUUAUUAUUAAGUGCAUCCACACGUAACACAUAUCAUUUUGUUCGGGAGAAACAGGGCUUUCUUUUUUUUCAAUUUGUACUUUUAUUGAAUUUUUCAUAACAAUUGGGGUACAGAAAGGAAGAGGGGUAGGUGGAUAAAAGGUAAAAGGCAAGUACACACCAAAAAAGAAAUGAUACUACAAUACAUUUCAAUUCACAAUGUCAGCAUAUUUCAGAACUGGCAAGUCCUGAUUUUGUAUUUAGUGGCAUUCUAGUUAUAUACCAUACCCAACAGUAUAGUGUUACAGGUGAAUGUGCUAUUGAGGAACGACUCCUGGCUAAAGAGCACAUCUGCAUAAUUGCCAGUAGGUUGUUCCUCCGUUUAAGGUUGGACAAUUCGACCCUACAAUCCAGGGUGGUCAAGGGUGGUCGCUCUUUGGUCAUUGUUGCUGCUGAGUAUACAUAUGUUUACUUGUGCUACUCCCUUUUAUCGUGAGGUUUUCUAUACUGCUCCUCCCUUCUACCUGGUUGUCCAGUGCCUGUGUGGGAUGUAAGUUCUAGGCUAUGGUACUGACAGUGGGUCAAAAGUUAUCCAUUUAUGCCAAUUAUUGUGUGUGGCAUUCCUAUGUUUAGGCGUAGCUGUAGAAAAUUGCUCAUACCUAAGGUAUUGUCGUAUUUUACUAUACAAUAGUUGUGACGGUGGACAUUCUUUCUGCUUCCAGUGAUAUGCUAGGAGAUUACGUGCUGCCAUGAUUACCAUGAUCAUUAGCUGUCUAUCUUGGUAAGGGGUGGUCAUAGAUAUCAGAAGAAAUAGACCUAUCUCAGGUGUGAUCUUACCCCGGAGGACCCCUAAGGAGUUACAGAUUGUCUGGACCUCCGUCCAUAACGGUUGUAUAUUCGGGCAGUGCCACCAUAUGUGACUCAUUGUACCUCUGAUCUGUUCGCACCUACAACAUUGUGCUGAGGACAGUGGAUAGAUUUUGUUAAGUUUAUCAGGUGUGAGAUACCAUCUAUAAAUCAAUUUUUUGUGUGCUUCUACAUGUGAGUAGCAGGAUGUGAUACCUUUUAGUGCUAAGAUUGAUCGCAACCACUGAUCUUUAGUAAAGCGAAUAGCUUGUUCCUUAUUCCACUGUGCCAUAAAGGAGAAGUCUGGCAUCGUGUUAUUGUGUCUUAGGGCUGCAUAACUGAGGGAUAGGGAGCGGGCCUUGACUGGGGCCUUACGGCAUCUGUCAUACAGCGCCAACCUCUCUUUGCUGGAGUUAGCUGCAAGUUGUGGUGUAUUACUCGCUCUUUAAUUAUGCUCUUUAGUUGAACAUAUGGGAAGAUGAAGGAUGGUGGGAGACCAUAUGCGGCUUGUAAAUCUGGGAAGGGUAUGAUGUCGCUUUGUAAACAUAGGUUAUUAAUAUGGGUAAUUCCCAGUUCUGACCAUUUUACGAAUGAUAACCAUGGAGAUAUAGAUUGUAGUGCCCCUAUGGGUGCCCAUUUUAGGAAUUUGUUGUUAGUCGCUUGCAAGCGGUGUAACUGGUCCCUAACUUGUAUGGUGGUCCUAGUAAGGGGUAAUAGUGCUUGGGAUUUGUCUCGUAGGCAUUUAGGCGUCCACAUAUAGUGUAUAGCUGAGCUUCCUGUACCAUAUUCAUUCUCCAUGUCAACCCACUAUAGUGUAUUUUUUGGAGCAUGUAAUUUAAUAGCUGCUUCCAGUACUGCGGCCUAAUGGUACUGUAGAACAUUAGGGAAGCCCAAUCCUCCCAAGCUACCCGGGGUUUGCAGCAAGGAUAGGGGAAUGCAAGAUUUUUUAUUUUCCCACACAAAAACCGAUAACAAUGAGAAACAGAGCUUUCUUUUAACAUCAACGCUUUAUCUAUGAAGCACAAUUUGAUAUGUAUAAAAUCUAAAAUGUGAGGAGUUUAGACAUUUUGUUAUUUUCAAAGUUCUGCAUGGCAUUUUAACUGUGGCUGUCAUAAUACUGUUAGCUUUUAGUGCAAUAUGUGUACAUUGAUCUGGCGAAGGAGGCCAAGUAUAUGGACUGCAGGGAGGACCCAAUCGUUAAUACAGGCUAUGCCUCCUUUUGUAGGACAGCAUAGCAAUGUUGGGGAUGGGUUAAAUGCAUACUGUAAUGUUCUAAAAAUUAGAUUUAGGGAAGUGUUGAUUUGGAAACAUUCUCUAUUUCAAAACUGUCACAGCUUUUUGCAAUUUUGUUUUCAUCUCACUAUUAUUUGGUGUUUAAUUAAUAAUAUCUUAUAUAAAAACAUUAAUUCAUAAUACAUGUAUGUUUUGCAAUAUAUUAUGCACCCUUCCAGAUAGGGGUGGAAAUAGAAACCGAUGGACCUCGGUGCAAGAAUUAAAGAAAGACCCCAGUUCCCCCCACACAUACCUCAGAAUAUUUUAAAUGGACAAAGAUGGAAACUUUCAUUUUAGGGGUGUGACUUGGGGUGUGAUCAGGGGUGGUACAGAGGCACACGCAUGCAUGCACCCCCAGACACAGGCUACAGAGACAUAGGCACAUGCUUACAGGCAUACAUAGAUACACACACACACACACAAAUUAAUGCAUAUAGUUACAUUGGCUUAAAAGAGACAUGUGUCCAUCAAGUUCAGCUUUCCUCACAUCUGUUUUUUGCUGUUGAUCCAAAAGAAGGCAAAAAAGCAGUUUGAAGUACUUACAAUUUUGCAACAAACUAGGAAAAUGGUUCCUUCUUUUUCUGUAGAAGCUAUUACCCUACAAUUGAAAAGUUAUAUCCAUGAAUUUUAUGUUUCAAGUAUGCAUCUAGUUGCUGUUUAAAUAUCUAUACUGGCUCUGAUAAAACUAGUUCUUCAGUCAUAGAAUUCCACACCCUUAUUGUUCUUACUGUAGAAAAACCUUUCCUUUGCCUUAGACUAAAUUUCCUUUCUUCCAGUCUAAACUCGUGACCCGGUGUCCUAUGUAGUCCUAGGCAUAUGCAGUUAUACACAUACAGGUACACACACGCACACGCACAUACACUAUAAAAAAAUAGUUAUUUCCCUAUCUGUGCUGGAUAUAGUGGGUAGAAAGUAAAGGGUGGUAGUGGAUGAUUAUUUCAGGAUCAGUGCUGCAAGCAUCUCCCUCUGUUUACAUGCAGAAUAAAGGAGAGCAGCUAGAAAGCUACUGUCCCUGUGCUCCUUGCCUCUAUUGCUGCCAGGGCAGGUUUACCAUUGGGUAAAAUAGGGAGGGGCUUUUUACAGCACUUGAGAUGUGCCUUUUUGGAGCUUAGGUGGGCUGGUGAAGGGAACCUUGACUGUGGUCCUAUGUUGUCCAGCCAGCGUCCUAUGCUUGAUAGCAGGCCUGCCGGAACAAUUACAGUGUGUAAAACUAGUGUCUGUUUGUGAGGCUGGACAGGAAGUGGAAGGCACUGUUUCCCAUCGGCCCACUUAAAGCCUCUCACACAGGAAAUGCUUUGCAGGAAAAGGAUUGACCAAAUUGACUGGUUCACACUGUAUGAAAGUUCUGCAUUUCUACUAUCAAUCAUAGGAGGGUGAGUAUUUUGCAAAAAUCCCUUCAAACUCACUAACCUUAAUUUAACCCCUCCUAAAAUGACUCAAAGCCUAAACAUAAAACAAAACUAUUUACUGUAAUCCUAAGUAAACUACUCUUAAAAAUUAAGCACAGCAUGUAUCCCAAUACUAAAUUUAACCCCACUCUAACCCUGAACCCAGUAUUUCUGAUAUGCCACAACUAUAACCCCUCUCAAACUUUUAAUUGUCUUAAAGGAAAACAAAAGUCAAUCAGGCCACUUCAUUUAAAUGAAAUAGUCAGGGUGCAGUGGUCCUGCCAUUAUAAUCCUGCAAUGGCAAAUAAAGCAGUUUUGUAGAAACUGCAAUGUUUACAUUACAGGGUUAAAGGGACACUCCAGGCACCCAGACCACUUCUGCCCAUUGGAGUGGUCUGGGUGCCAACUCCCACUACCCUUAACCCUGCAACUGUAAUUAUUGCAGUUUUCAUAAACUGCAAUAAUUACUUUGCAGGGUUAAGUCCUCCCCUAGUCUUCUCUAAUAGACAGCACUUCCUGGUCUAUAGCACAGGUUUUCUGUGCUAUAGCGUCGCUGGACGUCCUCACGCUGUGUGAGGACCUCCAGCGUCGCUAAAAUCCCCAUAGGAAAGCAUUGAAAAGCAUUCUCAAUGCUUUCCUAUGGAGAGGUCUAAUGCGUGUGCGCGGCACUGUAUGUGCGCGCAUUAGGUCUCCCCAGCCGGCGGCCGGGAUCAGUCUCCCCCGCCGGCUAGCAUAAUGAAGGGGAGGAGCGGCGGCGGAGGAAGAAGCAGCGACGAGGGACAUCGUCGCUGCCUUUGGUAAGUGACUGAAAGGGUUUUCACCCCUUCAGCAACUGGGGAUGGGAGGUGGGAGGGAAAGGGGACUUGCAGUGCCAGGAAAACAGAUUGUUUUCCUGGCACUGGAGUGUCCCUUUAAACACACCUCUAGUGGCUGUCUGCUAGACAGCCAGAAGGGUUCCUGAGCAACAAUCAAGUAAUUCAAAGCUUUCCUAUGAGAAACAUUUGGAUUUGCAUGUGCAAUAAUCCCAAUGCUCCUGUAUGAGGAGACCAUCUGCAAUAGAGCCAAAUGACAUUGCGGGAGCACUGGAGAAAAGUUAAGUAAAAACCUUUUACUAUCAGGUUUGUACUGAAAACCUUUUACUAUCAGGUUUGUACUGACCUAACUCUAAUCCACACUAGGACACUAUAGCACAAGGAGAACAGGUUUAUAGCCCUAAUGUUAUAGUUUUCCUUAAAACCCUAUUUAAUGAAACUCAGAUAUUGACCCCUCUCUAACUUUAAGUCCUCUCUAGCUUUAUCCUAAACGCUUUAUAACAAUUUUUUUUAACCCUGUAGGCAUUUACACAGCUGCAUGCACUCACUAUACAACCAGAUUAAAACACAAUACUUUAGAAGCAGACAUAUAUGCAUGCAUACACACAUAUGCAGUUGUACACACAUAGAUAGGCAAUUGUCAAAUCUGAAUGUAUGCCUCUAUGUCCAGGUUAAUAAAUUCAUUAACUUAUCCCCAAACGAUCCCCAAGUCGUGUUGAGAAAGUGCCAAGCCAGGCGUGAAAGGCGUUCUGGGCAUUUCGGUCCUUCGUUGGGUCACUUCUAUGUGGUUCUUCCCCUCACAGGUGCCAUUAUUUUAUAUUUUUUUUCUAGCUUCUAUUAUACCGUUGACAUAUAUGUUUUCUCAGUGGGAUUUACUGCAUAUUAUGACAGGCUAGGAUCACAGAGCACGUUGUUAUCAACCUUUACAUACUAUAUGAUAUUGGACUGGCGCAUAUGAGGACUGUUCUAGGCAAGUUUUUGCUUGUAUCUCCAUGUUUUAUAUUUUUUGCAAAUAAAUGUACCUUUUUAAAGAAGAUUGGUGUCCAGUGGAAUGUACUACUAAGGUCUAAGUGUGUGGACAUUAGGGAUCGUUCGGGAAUGAGUUUUUCUAUUGAAGUCCAGCACCAAGGAUAUGUAUGUUAAAUGUUAUCCACAUGAUAUGCAUCUAAUAACUGGAAUAGAUAUUCCACAAGAUCGUAGCUGCUGCAAUCUGUACGUUUAAUUGUUUAGUUGGUAAUACAUUCAUUAAACUCUUUUUAUCUGCGUUAUGUUUGGGGGGAGCAUGUAAAUCAUGCUGCUCACCUGCCCAGCCUCCACAGCGAUUCUCGGCCAGGAACAGAAACAGCUACGUAAAAUGUGCUAGUGUGCUACUUCUACUCCAGGGCCAAGACUUCACUAGGAGUCUGGGUAGGGUAAUAGCACAAUCUGGGCUCCACAUUGCUGCACCCCCCCUAGUGCCUAUCAGAAAUUUAAUUGGAAAUAAACAAAUUAACUGUUUUGGAAUGGGGGUCCCCCAGUAGCGACCGUUGCAACUCUGGUAGUUCCACCAUUUUAUGCAGUGCUAAAUGGAUUAUAUAAUAACACUUUAAAAAAAAAAAUCAAACAUAUUACUGUAUGCAUUCAAUAAUGGAUAGUUAGGCAAUUAUGUGAGGAUGGCAUCUAUAGAACUGAGGUCAAAGAAAAAAAAAUAUUUGAAGCCAAAACUUUCCAACCAAUCUUUAGAUGGUCGUUUUAAUUUCUUACAGAGUUCUAACAUUUAAUUAUUUAAAAUCCUUUCUGCAAAGUAAAAGGGUAAUGGCAAGUCCUUCACUGUAGGAAUAGUGUGUUCAACCAACACAGCCAUACAUUCUCACAAAGUCAGAGGAUUAUAGUUGGAAAUGUGCAUAGAAUGGGCGCCAUGUGCAAUAUAUAUAUAUACUAAUACACACACAAAGGUAACCUUUGUGAUCCUAUUAUUUUGUGAUUAUAUUUCCAAGAACCAAUAGCUGCAGUGCUAGUACUAUAUGCUAAGGAGAUCUGUAGAAAGCUAUAUGUGCUAAAACAUCUGGUGCUCAAAAAGCGAAUGCUUGGAUCGUGUGUUUCUUCUCUUUUUUUUUCUUGUAAUUUCUUCAGACACAAUGACAUGAGAGUUGAUAACGAGAUACCGGUAUCUGCCUAAGCCUGAUUCAGCAGGGUUAAAUCAUUGUUGCCAAACCAAAUUCAUUUUCCUAUAAGCUUCUCUAGUUAAGACGAGGUCUGGCCACCCUAAAUUUGUUAGUUGCACCCCCAGCACAUUGGCAGCCCAAGGCUUGAUUUACAUGUCAGGUGCCAAAUGCACAAAAUCUCCCCCCCCAAAGAGAAAUAAAGACAGAUACAUUAUGUUUAAUAAAUGUAUUAACUGGACAUUGCAGGUAUAAAAUUGUCUAAAAAAAAAAAAAUCAUAUUUUAACUCCUUAGUGACCAGGCCGUUUUUCAAUUUUCUUACUGUUAAGGACCAGGGCUGUUUUUACAUUUCUGCGGUGUUUGUGUUUAGCUGUAAUUUUCCUCUUACUCAUUUACUUUACCCUCACAUAUUAUAUAUUGUUUUUCUCGCCAUUAAAUGGUCUUUCUAAAAAUAUCAUUAUUUUCAUCAUAUCAUAUAAUUUACUAUAAAUAUGAUUUUUUAAAUAAACAACACACUUUUUCUAACUUUGAAAAUCUGUUACGGAGAGGGGAGAUGUGUGACAAACUUCUCUUUUAAAGGGAGUUUUUCAUGAGUUUUUGGAGUGGCCUGCUUGCCAGCCUCCUGCCCUGCGACUAUGGCCUCUGGGGUGUAUAGCCAUUUAAAAAGUCUAUUUGGGCUUAUUGGAUUUUAAAACACUUUUGCCCCUUUAAAUCCAUGAGAAAAUGUGCCUCUUCCCCUCCCCCUUUUUCUUGUCCUAUUGUUUCUUCAGCAGGUCGUUGUCCCAGGGACAUUGCCAAACCAGUUUAAACUGGCUGCUUUGUCCCUCCUCAAUCUCCCAUCAGCCCUUGCUAUUUUCUGACCUCACCGUACUAUAGUGCACAUUGAAAAUAGACCGGCCGCACAGCCAAAAUCUGUGGAACUAUUUUGGCAUGAAAACCAUGCUUGCGGUUGGUCAAAUGUGACUUCCACAAACCUUUUGAACCCCUGCUCUGAUCUGGGCGAUUUUUGGAUAUGUUGUUCACCCAGAUCAGGGCUAUCCAGGGAUGUAUAGGGGACCUAUUGUCCCCCCCUGAAUAUAAAAAUAUAAAUAAUAUAUAAAUAUAAAAAUAGGUAUAUUUGUACUUCGGCAAUACUGUGCUUCGCACUUCGGCAAUUUUGGAACUUCAGGAAUUUGGAACUUCGGCAAUUCAGCAAUUCGGACAUUCGGAAGUCGCCGAAUUGCCCGAAAUUCAUCAGAAUUGACAUUCGGAACGAAACAAAUUGCACGUCUAUCAUGUACUAUGUUUGAAUCUGUGAUUAUAGUGAGGCUGUAGAAUAUUAUAUAUUCUUAUUACAUAUGCAGUUGUGUACCCGUUUAGGAUUAUUUAGUUUAGAGAUAAAAUUAUAAAGUGGGGUGAAAUUUGAAAUUUGAGUACAGGUGAUGUUUGGAAUUAUUGAAUUUAGAGUAAUUUGGAAUUGGGGUGCAAGGAAUAUUUUUAAGAGGAGUUAAAUGUAGGAUUAAUGUGAAGGUUUUUGAUUAAGGGAGGUUUGUUGAGACUUUGGGAGCGGUUGAAUUCAAGGGGAUGUUUAGGCUAUGAGGAAUUUGAGGGGUAAUUUACCAAAUACUCACCCUUUUAUGUCUUCUGUAGCCCAGGCAGCCUAUUAUGAUGGAUAACAGAGCUGCAGUAACAGUUAUACAGUGUGCAUAACUCAAUGGUGUCCCUGCUCCUCCUGUGUGAGAGGUUUUUAGUGGGUAGAUGGGAAAUGAUCCCUUUCAAUUCUUGUCAAGACUCACACACAGACACAGGAAGAGCUGGAACAGUACUCUCUGUAACUGUCCCUGCAGCUCUGCAAUUAAACAUAGAAGGCAAUUAAACAUAGAAUUGGACUGAUAAGGACUUUGGCAAAGGCUCAUGGUGCUUACCUCUAACCACUAGCCCCAAAAAAGUAUAUUAUAAUUACUGAAAACAAGCACAACUACAGGACAUGUGCCUGAGAAAUCCAGCCCAGCAUCUAUCUCAAACAUAUGUUGCUACUACAUAGGAUUGAUUUAUUAUUUUUUUUCUAAACAUUAUCCCUGUAGGAUCUUGAGACAAUAAAUGCCCUGUAAUCUCUAAUAAUGUAUGCCUUCCUCUGGGGGAGGACUGACAACUUUUGACUUGGGGAACAAGUACAAAUGAAUAAUGUUUUUGACCUUACUCACAUGGAGCAUUGUAAUUUUUAAUGGAGGUUGACAGAUGGAGGCUGCUGGAGUGGCUACGUGUGGCAUCAUAUAUACCUACAUUUUCCAUCAGUAUUACCUGUCCAGCAUGAUGGAGCAUUGACAGAGACAAAGAUUCUAUUUCCCGUGUCUCCAUUGCCAUCAAUGUACUGGAAUGGACUGACACUCGGGCACUUCGGUCAUUGACUGAAGGCCUGAGGGCAGUUAGGGGCCUGUUUGCAGCUGUGCAGUCAUGUGCAAGAUAGGGAGAUUGUUGGAUAUCCCAACUAACACGGUGUCUUUGUCUACUGUAGUGUGGUUGAAUGUAUAAUAUUUACGCCAGUAACUAGUAUUGCUGCUUUUCUAUGCCUGGUGUCUUCAAAAGCAUGUAUGAGAGAAAGAAAGAAUAGUGGUGCCAGGUGUCCACCUUUAUACAUACACAAGUCAAAUGGUCUUUCUCUAAAUUUAUAUUUUGAUCACAUUUGAAUUGGGGCACAAGAUGAGAGGAAUUUGUGGAGGUGAGAGAAAUUGGAUGGUUGGCUCAAGUUGGGAAGGAUUUAGUUGGGUUUCCACAAGGUCUGGACUUGAGGAUCUGGCUGUGAAAGGAUUCUCCUUGAGCUGGAAUGUAGAUCAAAAGAUUUACCUGCUUGGUCCUGUUCCCACUCAAUAUAGUUUUGUUGUCUGCUACUAUCGGGGGCAAAUCCCUUUAAGAGCUUCCUUGCAUUCCCUGGUGCUUCUCAAUGACUCAGAGCACUACAGCUGGGGUUCUAAGUCAUUGACGAGGCACUAGUUCAGUUGAGCUCUUAAAGUGCUGCUGAUGCAGGUUCACACAGAGAACACAUUACUCACAGCAGCAGCGGACAAGUUAGAUUAAGCAGCAGUUGGUCAGAUAACAGUAAAAUCUGACACAAUAUGACUGUUCAACCAGAUUUUUAAAAAAGUAAGAAACUUAAUAACACACACACCCACAAAUGACCACUAUGCUGAACAAAAUAAAAGGAAUUACCCUUAUAUCACUAUCACUUAUAGAACAAACCGAACUCCUCAAUGUUCUUAGAAAACUUCAUAAAAAGAUACAAUAUCUACAAGUGUAGAAAAGAAACCAUACAUAGAGUAGUAUAAAUUAUAAGUACAGAGGAUGGUUAAUGAUUGCACUCACUAGAUAGUGAAUAAUAUCAGGCACUUCACGAGUGCUUGAGCUUCUUGAAGAUUUCCUCAAUGUAGCGUGGAAUGUGCAUAUGUGGAGAAAGGACACAAAAUAUGUGGCAAUAUAUCAAAAGUAAAUGUACAAUUUAUUCGUAAAAACUUACAUUUAGGACAAAUCAUGCAAGCCCAUCAAUGGGAACCAGAACGCCACAUCACUAGAUGUAAAGUGCUGGAGGCUCCUACUACUAAAAGUGCUUGUACAGGCAGCCCUUCAAAAGUGCAUUAAAAGUCCACAAUGGAAAUUUUUUUAUAAAUAAAUAUACAUAGCAGCUGAACAGCCCUAUGCGUUUCAUAUGGUUCACCAAACAAAAGUGUGUCCUAACAAAAUAUUCCCAUAAAUACCCUGACAAUCUCUUUCCUGGGUCGCCAUCAGGCAGUCUGGUUGAAGGUUUCAGCUGUAGAGAAUUACUUCCUCAUCUAGCUUUGUCGUGGAAUGCACAUGCGUUCCACUUACGUCAUCGCUGUUUGUCUGUCAGGUGAAUCCAUUCCUCUGCGUCUCUUGGAACACACAUGCAGUUCAACAAUAACUUUAUUUGUCUCUCAUGGAGUGUACAGUUCAACAAAUGAUUCCAAUCCGUUCUGAGAAUGCUCAUGUCAAUAAAGGAUCACUUCUGGUGGUUUUCUUCAUAGAGUUCAAUCUUUCAGAAGGUUAUAUAGGUUAGGUACCCAAGUGAAAAAAACAGAUAAUAAUAAAUGUGAUUAAUGUCCAAUCUUAGGAGUCAUAGUUUCAUGUUGUGGGGAUUUAGGGCUAAAAUUGCUUAAAAUUUAAAAUUUGGGGGGUGGAGGGAUGGGUGGCUAACUGUCAUAGUGAAAGGAUGUGCAUUGCAUGAGCUCCUCUCCUACACUGCAUAUAACUAUAGCUUCUAGUCUCACCUAGCAUGCUUCGAAUUGAAUUUAACUGCUUACCCGGGCUUAGUCCUGAUGAAGUGCACGGCACGGGACAGAGAGGUGCCUGAAGCUUGUCUACCACACUGUCUGAAACAUGUGGCCUGGUGCACCCCGAACGGGAGAUUCGGCCGAUCUCCCAGGAUGUAGUUGCACAACAGUACUCAGCAUUAAGCAAGAGCCCCGCUGCCCCCCUCUCUGGACCGGCAGGGGGUGAUCUCAGUCCACCCCUGGGAGGCUACACUGACCUUAAGACACCCUGGGGUAAAGCCACAGGGGUUGACAGCAACUCUAAUGGCAAAUCCAACAUGGCGGAUACCUUAUGGUUCCCCGGUGGUGCGGUAGAACCUCAUGAUGCUUUGUCCAAGCUUGACAAGAUUUUCGAGACCUGGUGGAGGCUGGAGAGCGGGAUGUGUCAGGCUGACUUACAGCAGCUGUGUGGUUACUCACCAGACAAGCCGGCGCACAUCCCACAGCAGAAACCCACGGUCUUGGCAGUAAUGUAGGCCCCAAAAUGGUGCCGAAAAAAAAGCACCCAUCACUACAACAUAAGGCAGCUGGACAGUGACAACAGCUGGUUCCCUUACCUUAUCGGAGAAGCAAAGAGGAACCCCGACCGUGAUAUGUGGCCUGAUCUGCCAGCACACAUUGGGACAUAAGAGCUCACAGUACUCACCUCGGCAGAAAGAGUAUGUCAUACCCUUGGUUGGCAUAGGUUGAACAUAGCCAAACGGGACUUAUCCUCCCAAUACUGUUUAGGGGCCUUCUAGGGGACUUCUCCUGUUAUACAAAGCUAGCAUGAUACUAUCACUUGUCUUUAAAAAAAUGAAAAAACGCUUAGUUUAGGUUGCCUACCCUUAAAAUAAAAUGUGGAGUUUUUCUUAUGUGCCAUGACAAUGUAACCAUGUGUAUCUACCUAAAAUGCUUGACUAUGCUGUUGUGGCAUAUCAAGCCUAUUUGUAUUAUCUUGCAUGCUAUAAAUAAAAAAUAUAGAAAAUAAAUACAUUUAAAAAAAUAAUUUAAAAGUAUAAUUCUAGUUUAGUCUAUAAUUGUUUAUUUUUGGGCACUCUGCACAUUUAACUAUAUGUUGUGGGCAGACAACAAUACAGAGUAAAAUAAAAUGGAUGCAAGAGCAGGCUAACUUCUGAGAUGUUACAAGCAGAGAAAAGAUACAUGUUUACUUUGGGUAAUUCAAAUUAAAAGAACCUGCCACUCAGUUUUUCAUAGAUUCUAAUAAAAAAAAAAAAAAAAAACUAACUAUAUGAUGUAUUGCCAUUUUGAUAAAAUUAUAUACAUUAUAUAAAAUAUACAUUUUAGAAAAAGAAGAGAUAAUUUUGACAGUAUGUCUAUGAAAAACACAGCAAAUCUGGAGUAUUUUUAAAUUUCUAUCUGCCAUGUGUCCCCAGUUCCUUUUAGCUAUCACUCAUGAAAGCUGAAAUUAAAUUGCAUCUACUGGCCUACUUCCCAUGAAAAAGGCCAACAUUUUAUUUUUUACUACUCUUUAGAUGCUGUUGCUUAACUAUUGAAACUUAAGAGGGACGUAGGAGAACAAAACUUGUGUGAUCUGGCUGACAAUGUUAUCCCCUGGCACAUGCACAAGUAGACCUGUUAUGGAGACGUCCAUGCUCUUGAGUGAUCUUCCAUAGAUCCCAAUGCUUUACUAUUAUGCAACUCUUGGCAGUCUCGUCUGGGAAGAUGACUGCUCUAAGGAAGUAAAACUUGAAAUGAUCACAUAUCACUUACUUUUCUAUCUCUAGAGACCACCAUUUGUUGGGGUCUCAUUAUAGGUUUAAGGGGUGUUGGGGUAGUAUUAGUGUGACUUAAGAUUAGAGGGUUUUAGCAAUUUCUUCGUGUAUGUAAGGAAUCAUCAACUUUCCUUCAGCUGGUAUAAAAAUUCUGAUCAGCAUUUAGUGAAUAGACCUCAUCAGUGUUUUGUUAGCAACCACACAAGCUGCGUUGUUAUUAAGAUCUGCCUAUAUAACACAGCUUCCUUGUUAGGGCUGAUAGACUGAUCUCUCUUUCCAACUUCUCAAACUCCACUAAACGUGAUUAUGCCUUACUGACUUGGUGUACUUAGCAGCAUUACAUAAGAAAAUAAAUCUUUUAAACCAUUGACACAAUCUGUUGGAGGUUUCCACGUUUCUAUCAUUUUACACAGAUGUGCAUACACAAAAGUAGAUUGUCAUAUCUUAUCUCCUGAAACCAUAUGCAAUUUCAUUUGUUUUCUAUUUUUUUUUUUUUUUUUUAUAUGCAUUUUAUAACCUAAGGACUCUCUUUGUAAUCAUCAUGUUGUUUACUGAUCACAAUUUAAGUGUUGCUAUUGUAAAAUUGAUUAAAGUCAAAUUAAUCAAACACAACAUCGAUGAGGUCUAUUCAAUAAGUACCAAAGAAGUUAAAUUGAAAGUAUUACCUAUGAUUAAGUUUGGCUUUCAAAACAUUUUAGAGUCAUUAUUCUAAAAGGAUAUUAUUAUGCCAGACAAAUGAUUGCAAUGGAACACUCUGGGCACCAUAACAGUUUCAUCGGAAUAAAGUUGCUAUGGUGCAAGGAGGUUACAGGCGGCAGCUUACCUUCAGGAGUUAAACCAUUAAUGAACAGUUUAACCCUAAAGUCUUUAUUUCAGUGGCCAUCAGCACUGCAUUGAUAUUUCUGUUCGAGUCCUAGGCUUCGAUCCGGAAGCCUCGAACUGGGUGCUGUUGACACCUGAUACUAGCUCCCUGUUCACAAAUGGAGUGAAAAGGGUACGCACUUAUUGAAAAACCUCUGAUUUUAAGCUCUAAUAUUGCAAGUGCAUACACGGCUUUACAAUUGAAAACUUUCUCUUAGAGAUAGCCAGGCAAACCAAAGAAUGGGCAAGAAGAUGUUAAGCAAUUAUUUAGAAAAGUACAUAUUUCAAAUAGAAAUCAGCACUUUUAUGAACUGCAAUUAAAAAGAGCAUAUCCUAGCACAGGGAUAGGCAACUUUCGGCACUGCAGAUGUUUUGGACUACACAUCCCACGAUGCUUUGCCAACAUUAUGGCUGCAGGAGCAUUGUCGGAGAUGUAGUCCACAACAUCUGGAGUGCCGAAGGUUGCCUAUCCCUGUCCUAGCACGUAAAGCAUGCUUCGUGUAUGUGGAAUGUUCAUUUAGUUUUAGGUCCCAGUAAUCUGUAUAUGUAACACAUCCUUAAUUAUAAUGCCAAGGUGAGCCAGAACUCCCAUGAUAGCUAAACUUACAAAGAUCCACAUGUUAAUCCCCAUGUUGACCCAAAAAUGUUUUUAUAUUUGCAGCCACAUGUACAAAAAAAAUCAUGACAUUACCAAAGUUCGGAGAAGCAAAAACAACCAGCUCCUUCGCGUUGAUGAACAUGACUUUACUAUGAGGCCUGCAUUUGGAGGUAAGACUAAAGCAGGUGUUGUAUAGUGAUCCAUCAAUGCAUGGCUUUUGGUCAUUCUUGUUGGCAUUCCGGUUUUGUGUCUCGAGAGUUACUUAAAUUUGAAACCAGCAAAUUCAACUUUUUUUUACAUUUAUUUAUUUAUUUUACUUUUUUUUAUUUUUGUGGUGUAUUGAAAAAUACACAGUAUGACAGUGACAUAUGUUGCAUUGCAAAAUGAUUAAAUAUAGGCUUAGGGAUACAGCACAAAGUGUCAAGAUGAACUGCACAUUUUUUAUAGAAGGUAUGCAUGUUAGUGUACAGAGGAGUAAGCACGUUUUCUAUUAAGGUGAAAGACUAAAGGAACAGUGCAGGGGAUGUAUUAAAAUAGCUAGACAUAUGCACUGAGAGUAGGCUGGAAAGUGGAGACAGUAAAUAACAGUAGAGGAUUGCAGGUAGCUUAAUAAGACUCCCAGGAGGCCCCCCAAACAGGUUUCAAAUGAAUGGAUGCUCUACAUGUGGAUGUAGGCACAAGUGACUUCUGGAUUAGUGUGAACUACAGAAGUACCAUCGAGACACCAUGCUGAGAUUAGGUAGGUAUUCCCGGGCCCAGCUCUGAUAUCAGCCGACUUCCUCUAGGGGUUGAACACAGUUCCACCAUGGGUGCACCGGUAGUAGGACCACAAGCCUGCUCGAGUAGUUGUGUGUGAAAGCAGUGUGGCAGUUGGGCAAGCCCCUCAUGGUCAGCAGCGGUCCCAAGUCCUGUCUUGUUUGGUGCAAUCUCACUCCAUGUACCUUGGGAAUCUGUUGACGUGUCACUUGGGCCCAUGCUUAAAAGGGCUCACUCUCCGUCUGCACUGCGUCCCUCUGUGGGCUCUCAACGCCAGUCAGAUCAUUAGGCACCUCGGGUUACAUACACUCCCUCAGCUGUGCCCAGAAGGACUCGAAAAGCCCGUUGAGGUGUUGUAGAAUAUUGUGAUAGACUCCUCCGGCAUUGGGGAUCCACGCAGCGUCCGCCAUUUUGUGUGUGCUUGAAUGCCUGUUGCUUGUUCAGCGGUUGUGCCGCGCGCCCUCAGCUGAGGAAAGGAGCCUCUAGGGAGUAGACGGGGAUCACCCCCACCGGUUCAGCUGGGGUAAGGGGCACCCACUUGCAGCUCAGGUCUAGGGCAGAGAUCGUCUGCUUCUCCGCUCACCCAGAUUCACUGGGCCGCCAGGUCAGCUCACAGCACUUUAGCAGCGUGGACACUUAGAGACAUCAGAACAUGCAUAGGUAUCGCCACAGUUGGUCCAGGAGCCACUUAUUGACAGCUAGGGUCUUGAUCGAUUUGUAAUCAGCGGUGAUUUCAAUUAAUAAAGGCUUAAGUGCCGGAGCCCACAUGGGAUGCGACUGUCCGGCUUGGCAGUCAGGCCCCGCCCCCCAGCAAAUUUAACUUUUUGAUGUUUGUUUAAUCAGUGAUAAUUUAUUUCUGGGCAUUGUGCUCAUUUACUUUCCCAGAUGCACCAACAAUUCAGGAUAUUUAGAAAGGAGUCAUCAGGUUAGAAUGGAUACAUUACAGAUAAAUAUAACAUACUAUGUGAUUGUUGCUUUAAAAAGCCGAGCUUGUGCAGAUCGGUCCAGGGCUCAGAAGAUCAUGUGACUUAAUAAGUGCAAAGUGGUUGUUAUGCAAUGUGAUGCUGUUACUCAGCAAGCGAAUAGGGUUAUUCAGUAAAGUGAGAAUUCAAAGUGAAUUUCAAAUUUAAGGUCAAAUUUGCCAAACUGGAAAAAUUCUCUAAAUCACCAAUGCUACCAAUUAGGAUACUUUGGCCUUAAAUUUGAAUUUUAGUUUAGAUUCACUUUUAAUUUUCACUUUGGUGAAUAGCCCUAUGUGUGACGAUACAUAACACCAUUCCUUUAAAGACUUGGUGUCAGCAUUGUUAUCACAACCUGUCUGUUGGGUGCUAAUUAAAAAUAUGAAUCUUUACAGUGUGUGGUUCAAAAUAAAGAGAAAAUGACACUUCUAGGAUUUCAUAAACAUAAUAUAUAUUAGAUUAAAAUUUCACUGCAGUUCCAGUGCAACAAAACGCUAUACAUUAGACACAAGGGAGGAUCCCACAGUAUUGAUGGUUCUUCUCUAAUGGGCUGUUUUGUACUUUUUGUACUUUUCUGAAAUCAUUUUUUUUCUCCCUCUACAAUGUCCCUUUUUUUUCUACUACUCUUUAGAUGCUCUUGCUUAACUAUUGGAACUUAAGAGGGAUGUAGGAGAACACAACUUGUGUGGACUGGCUGAUAAUGAAAUUAGUUAAUAUAAAGCUGACUUUGUGCACUAUGCAAAUGCUCUUGCUGCAUUGGUCUCUGUAACACUGUGGCAUGUUCCCUUUCUUCUACACUAACCACAUACACCUUUUCACUGUCCCAGACUGUAUAACAGGAGCUUCUGCCUGCUAGUAAGUAGGUAAGGAGAGGAGUGGACAAGUGAGUGCUAGGGGACAGUCUUUAGAAAGCAUGGAGCAAACGCAUCAUUGGAGGCAUUUAUGCGAAUCUCAGGGUUUUGUCUGCGUAGUAAGCUCUUAGUUGGCCAAUUCUCCAAUUCUUCAUGCAGACACGCCUUUUUUUCGGACAUGUUGGCCCCUUUUGAUGGUUCUGGUUACGUGAUACGCAUCAGUGGCCCACCCUUUUACACCACUCCCUGACAUCCUGCUUCACCGGACACUGCUGUUAGGGAGUAUUAAUUUACUUGAUAGAUGAAAAUGAGAGAUUAGCAUAUGGUGUUCAGCAUUUGCAUAUGUGUUUUCUUAUAGCUAUAUCCAGUGAGUUUCUCUCCAGCACCACCUCCGUCAGAUACAUUACGUUUGGGAGGUAUGACUGGUUUAGUGUUUUCUGUUGAUAUGAUUCUGUAAUUAGGCCCAUCAGAAAUGUCAGCACCAGGUCCAAUGGGCUCUUAAUUUGGCCCUGCCUAACACUUAUUUGUUAAAGAAAUUACAUACACUCACAUUAUACACGCACAAAUAUUUAUACACACACGCACUCACAUUCUUAUACACAUGCUCAAUUUCAUAUACAUGCACAUAUUCAGACAGACACUCACAUUCAUACACUCCUACACAUUUGAUUUUUAUUUAGACCUUUAUCCCUGGUUUCUUGCUGGGAUCAGUCUGUGCACUGACUGCACAGCUCCUUGCAGCUCUGUACUGAUGACGGCGCAGGAGUGAUGUUAAAUUCUGACUCCUGGCAUUAGUUCAAUGCGGCCAGGGAGCUGUACAGUCAGAGAACUGACUGAUCUCAGCAGCUUCCCCACAGCCCGGGGUCCUGCCCAAUGGGAUCUGCAGUGCAUGCACUUGCUGCACAAGUAUAUGAUAGAAAUCCAAAUUGGGAAAAAAACUUUUCAAGGAUUUUUUAUUUAUAUUUUUAGAAAAAAACAAGGAAACCAUUGCUGUGAACCAUUGUCUGUGAAAUAUUCUUGCAGAUGGCAAAUACACUUCAACAGCAACUAAAAAAACAACUAAAUUGAAGGAUACUAUUUAUUGGCGUACAGGGGUGACUGGUCUACAAGUAAUACUAGAUACUUAUCAGCAAAAAAUAAAACUUUCUGUAAAACUAAAUACAGCCAGAAAUAUUUUAUAUUUAACUCAGAAGACCAUUUACUGAUAUCAGAACUAAUAUUAGCAGAGGGUUAAGGUUAAGGUUAGGGUUAGAGUUAGCGUUAGGAUAAAUUGUAGACUUAGGGUUUGUGUAGGGCUAGUGUUAGCAUUAGGGUAGGGUAAAUUGUAGACUUAGGGUUUGUGUAGAGUUAGUGUUAGGGUAUUUAAAGGGACUCUCCAGGGCCAGGAAAACAAUCCGUUUUCCUGGCACUGCAGGUCCCCUCUCCCUCCCACCUCCCAUCCUCGGUUGCUGAAGGGGUGAAAACCCCAUCAGUCACUUACCUGAGACCCCCGCCGAUGUCCCUCGGAAGUGGUUUCGGGUCGCCACCGCUGCUCCUCUUCAUUACGUCGGCUGUGGGCGAGACUGAUCCCGCCUGCCGGCUGUGGAGACCUCAUGCGCAUGCGCGGCAAUGCCGCACAUGCGCAUUAGAUCUCUCCAUAGGAAAGCAUUCAAAAUUGUGAUGGUGACAGGGGUUAUUGUGAUGGUGACAGGGGUUAUAUUGUGGCAGAUUGAUUAUUUAGAGUGGGGAUAUGGCCAUAUUGUGGGGGAUUGAUUAUUUAGUGUGGGGUGACAGGGGCCGUAUUGUGGGGGAUUGAUUCUUUAGUCUGGGGACAGGUACAGUAUUGUGGGGGAUUGGGGCGUUAGUGGUAGGCUUGGGAACAGUAUUGUGGGGAAUGGAGUUUUUGUGUGGGGGGAUAGGGGCAGUAUUGUUGGUGAUUGGGGCAUUAGUGAGGGGAUAUGAAUGAUAUUGUGGGGAAUUGGGUUUUUGCGUGGUGGGAUAGGGGCAGUAUUGAGGGGGAUUGGGGCUUUAGUGAGGGGAUAGGAAUGGUAUUGUGGGGGUUGGGGCUAUCGUGGGAGGGGGAUAGGCACAGUAUUGUGGGGUUAGGGAAGCAUUGUGGGGGUCUGGGGCUAUGGUGGGAGGGAAUAGGGACAGUAUUGUGGGGGUUAGGGAAGCAUUGUGGGGGGCUGGCUGGGGCUAUGGUGGGAGGGAUAGGGACAGUAUUGUGGGUGUUGGGGCUUUAGUGGGGGGCAAGAGCAGUAUUUUGGGGGACUGGGGCUUUGGUGGGAGGAUAGGAACAGUAUUGGGGGCAGGACAAUAGUGGUGGACUGGGGUUAUGGUGGGGGGGUAUGAACAGUAAUAUAGGGGCAGUAUUGUGGGGGGCUGGGGUUGGUGGGGGGUAGCAUUGUGGGGGAAUGGUGCUAUACAGGGGGGGAUAGGGACAGUAUUGUGGGGGGUAGGGAAGCAUUGCGGGGGACUGGGGCUAUGGUGGGGGAGGCGGGAUAGGGACAGUACACACACACUGUGGAAGGAGGAGUGGGACAUACACACACACUUUUUUUCUUCAAUCGACCCAUUCUCCCUACCUGGAGAGCUGGAGAGAGGGAGCUCCAUUCCAUAUCAGCAUGCCCCCUAGCUCCCACGCAUGCCCCCUAGUGGUGCCUGGGCUGGAAUGUGACGUCAUAUUCCAGCUCCCAUGACCUAUACAGGGCUGUGAGCUAUACAGGACUGACACAAUGCACCGGACAGCCAAGAUACUGGCGCUCAGCCACACUACAGGAAAUGACCGGCAGGAGAGGAGUACUGGGCACUUCCCUCCUGCCAGUCACCUGGAUAUUUGCACCCCCUGGCCGCUGUGCCCUAAGAAGGCUAUCUGUGCCGCCCUUUAGUAGCGACAGCCCUGGAUUUAGGGCGGCCUGGGGGCAAUUGCCUCCCUGCCCCCCCGUCCGCCCCUGAUGUUAACUACCAAAUAUUAAUUUAGAUUCUAGACCAGUGAUUCCCAAACCAGUCUUAAAAACCCACCAACAGUCCAGGUUUUGUCAGUAUCUCCAUCAGAAUAAAACAGGGAAAUACAUAAAUCCUGGACUGUUGGUGGCCAGGAGGACUGGUUUGGGAACCACUGUUCUAGACAUAUGAGGCAUUUAACAAUCAGGACUGAUAUGUGAAUUGAUUUUGACCUUUUUUUUAAGGAGUCUGUGUGAGUCACACCCAGGCAGGAGUGGCUAAGCUGCAUACACAGAAACAGUGUGACUUAAGAAUGUCUGGAACUUCCAUGCUGUCCUGAAAAUAUUGAACUUUAAUGCCUUAAGGACGGACUCAAUUGUACACAUUCUGAUCAAAACAAAACGUAAAUAAAACCUGGAAUUUGCGCUAAAUGUAUGUUCAACCAUAAUUCAUCUCUUUCAUAUUAAGUGCAACCACACUUAUUAUUUUUGUUCAGGAGAAACAGGGCUUUCAUUUAUUAUCAAAUAUUUAUAUAUGAAAUAUAAUUUAAUAUGAAUAAAAUUUUAAAAACUUUGAGAAAUCUAGAAAUUUCGGCAUGGCAUUUUAACUAUGAAUGUCAUUGUCACAAACGCACCCUACUCCGUGUGCGUGACGUAGUUGUGGCGGUGAAAGGGUUAAAGUUCACUAUUUGUCUGCACUAGACUGGAAAUAAUGACAAAAUCCCCCUUUUAACACCACCCACACUUCAACAUAAUAAUAAAACUAUUACUAAUUUUUUAUGCUGCCACCACCAAGACAAUUUAUAAAUCGGGUCCCCCAGGUAAAUCAAUAAUUAAACCCACCAAAUAUUACUUAGCACAAUAUAUAAGGAAUUGCAAAAAUACUAAUUAGUCUCUUCAGGUAACGUGAUUCUUAACCAGACAAAGGCAUAACUUAAUAAAUGAAUGUUUAUUAUGAGCAAAAAAUAGUCACAGUGCAUAUAAAAAUAUAUGAUAAAAAAAUGAUUUACAUCAACAAUAGAUAAAAACACAAAGGAUAAAACAGCAGAAGUCCUAAUUGCUCACUUAGGUUUUCAAAGUACAACUGCUGCCCAGGGGUGCUCUGGCAAGAAAUAAUGAUGGUGGCUCACUUAAAAUUAAUCUUCUUGGCCCGUAGCAAGUACACCAACUCCAAAUCAUUGGAUAUAUACCCUGGGGAUUAUCAAGUCUUGCCCAGGGGUGGAGUUAAGGCAUACUUAUAGAAAUAGGGGCAGAAAUAAUAAGUGACCACCUCCUUUGUUCCAGACCAACGUCAAUCCAAAUGUAAACAUUUGGCUCUAGCUUCUCUUAUGUACCUGCCACAGAAAUAAUAAUUGCCUCUAUGAAUUUGUUAUUAUUUUCCCAUUCUAUAUAUAUAUGUUGCAUGCCGGCCUUGCGAUCCGAUAGGAUGGACAUCACAAUUCCUUCCCCUAUGAUCAAGUUAGGCCACUCAUAUUUGGACUUGUUUAGAGGAUGGCGCUUGUCACAUUCCAAAUGUAACAAAAAUGAGGCUUAAUUAUUAUUCUGUGUGGUAAAUAUGAAUGUUUUUGUCCUUCCAUUUGGAUAUGAUACUGGAACAAGGCUUAUGGCAUUAACAUAUCAAAAGAGAUUGACUCAUCACUUACAAGGUACAUGCCAAAUGGAUGAAGAGACAUUCAGCAUUUUUCCAAGUGUAGAACCUCACACCUUGCAGAGCCUUGAUCCCAUCGCCCUUCAAACAUGCAACUGUAACCCCAAUUCUAAAGAAGCCCAACCCUUGACCCUAACUCCCCAUCCAACUAGGGUUAGCAGAAGGAGAAGUAUAGCCCAGCCGUGGGGGUCACUUCAACCAGUGGUGGAAGCUGCGUCGUUCAGUGCCAGAUAGCUGCACUCCAAUCUGCUCCAAUCUGGGCCACAUGAGUUGCAUGCUUCUCGGGUAUGAUUGCCUAGAAUGGUGCGCAGGGGAGAAACAGGGCUGGUGCCUUUUAUGAUCGAAGGAUUCUGGAUUGUUGCAGACAGGCAGGAUAAAAGGGCAGCUGGGUUGGCUGCAAUCUAGGAAGUUGAUAUCUCCACACAAGGGACCUUGAGACAAGUUUUGGGGUGAACUUCUUAACAAGCACCCCACAGUGCACUGAACUGUCGCUUCUCAGUGUCAUAUGAGGAAAUUUGCAGUGUUUGUGAACCAAAAGAUCUGAAAAUUGUGGGAGCUGUUCCUCCAUGUGACUAUUCAGCAUGGCAGUCUGGCCCCACCUGUGCAAUUUGUUUUUUUAACUCCCUAUAAUUUGCAAUUUAGUGAAUAAUUUCCUUAGGGCAAAAUAAGUUUACAAAGUAGAAUCAACAUAGGGAAAAGCUGGAAUAGAAAUAUAAAACAAAUUUUAAGGUCAGUGGAUAGAAAAAUAUAAAUAUUGAUAACAUUUGUUAGACUAAGACACUAUUGGAGUUACUCACUUAGCUCCAUUUUUUUUUCUUUUUUUAAAUGUGUGGAAAAGAAAAUGUGAAACAAUUUGAGAGUAUUUGGAGCUGAUAUUUUGGAGAAUAUUCAGAAAUGUAAUAAAAUGAUUUGAAUGAGCCCUAUUUAGAUCCCAUUCAAAUUGGCUCAAUGUGCCCCAAAACUAGCUAACAAAAACUACUCAGAAAUUAUUUCCCAUGCUUUUCUAAAAAGUCCUAAAGGAAAAAAAACAGCUGAGUAGUCAGGACUCAAAGGAUUCAAUAUUAAAGGAACUCGAUAGUGUUAUGAAUACAAUGUACAAACUACUCAGAAAUUAUUUCCCAUGCUUUUCUAAAAAGUCCUGAAGGAAAAAAAACAGCCGAGUAGUCAGGAUUCAAAGGAUUCAAUAUUAAAGGAACUCGAUAGUGUUAUGAUUACAAUGUGUAUCCUGACACUGUAGGUCUAAAUAGCUGUUUAAGCCCCAGCCCCCGCUUACCUACGAUUAAAAAGUUGAUUUACUCACCUUAAUCCAGCGGGCUGUGGCUGGCCCAGCCCACUCUCCACCUCCUCGAUGAUCUCAGCCAAUCCAAUGUUUUCAGAGGCUAUUGUGCAUGCGCGACAAAACACACGGUCUGCGCCAAUCAUUAUCUCAUCAUGCAUCUCUAAUGGCAGCGUUCAGCAUCUCCAUGGAGAGUGGAGACACUGAACGUACUGACUCAGGAAGCACCUCUAGUGGCCAUCUGUAAAGGCCGUAUUUACAUUAAAAUGCUUGCAGGAACAUACUGCUGUAAAGCAUCCCUGAUCCGCGGGGGAGCAGCUACACAGCACAAAGAGUCCAGACAGCAGCUCCCAGCCUGCAGAGACAGCCUACAGCUCAGAAAUGUGAGGGAUGGGAUAAAGGCUGCAGGGAGACGUGGGGACACUAAGACACUAGGGAACACUAUGAGACAUGGGGACACAUUGAGACCUCUGGGGAUGCUGAGACACUUGGGGACACUUAGAGACAUGGGGACAAAGACACACAUGGGGACACUGAGACAUGGGGAAACAGACACACAUGGGAACACUGAGACACUGGGAGACAUGGGGACACAGACACUAGGAACACAAUGUCCCCAAAUGUCUCAUUGUCCCCAUGUCUCCAAGCCAGUGUCCCUGGUGUCUGUGUCCCCAUGUCUCCUAGUGUCCCUAGAUUCUCAGUGUUCCCAUGUCUUCCAGUGUUUCUAGUGUCUGUAUGUCCAUGUCUCCCAGUGUCCCUAGUCUCCCAGUACCCUAGUUUCCCAGUAUCCCUAGUGUCUCAGUGUCCCCAUGUCUCCCAGUGUCCCUGGGAGACAUGGGGACACAGAGACAUGGGGAUAUAGAGACAUUGUAAUGCAUAGUCUCAGUGUCCCCGUGUCUCACAGUGUCCCCUCAUGACACUAGGUGACACUGGGCGACAUGGGGACAAUGGGAGGCAGGGAGACACUGGGAGCAAUCCAUCUAUACAGCAGAAUCAAACUAAGUAGUUUUUUGGUGGUUUCACAGAAUUUUCUCUGUCACUCCUUGUGAUUUACAUCAUGUAAUGUCACGCAUACAUAAUUAGUUAUGCAAAUUAGUAAGGCCUGUAAUUUUUUUCCAAGAAAGGUGGCAACCCUAAUUACUCUUUACAUACUCUUGCUUAAGUAUGGAAACUUAAGAGGAAUACAGAGGAACAAAACUUGUGUGGACUAGCUGAAAUGAAAUUAGUUAAGGUAAUGCCGACUUUGGUCUCUCUAACACUGUGCCAUGUUCCCUUUCUUCUACACUCACUACAUCCACCUUUUCUCUGUCUCAGACUGUAUACCAGGAGCUUCUUCCUUCUAGUAAGUAGGUUAGGAUAGAAGUGGACCUGCGAGUACUAGGGGACAGUCCUUAGAAAGCAUAGAGCUAGCGCAUCAUUAGAUGCAUUUAUGCCAAGCUCAGGAAGCUGUUGGCCAGCAUGCAUGAUUGGCAGGCAGCCUGGCAUGCAUUCAUGCUAGACUAGCCUUCCAAUUCUUUGGGCAGACACGCCUCCUUUUUGGGCAUGUUCGGCUCUUUCAGAAGUUCUGGUUACAUGAUCCGCGUCACUGGCCCACCCUUUUACACUGCCCAUUGACUUACUGCUUUACUGGACACUGCUGUUAGGGAGUAUAGAUUUACUUGAAAGAUGAAAGCAUAAUUUAGAGAGAGAUUAGCAUAUUUUAAGAGAAUCUGAGUUUUUUUUUUAUAGCUGCAUCCUAUGAGUUUCCCUCCGGCAACAUCUCCACGAGAUACAUAAUGCUUGAGAGGUAUGUCUGUUUCAGUGUUUUUGGUCGAUAAGAUUCUGUACUUAGGCCCCUCAUAGUUGUCAGCACCAGGCCCACUGGGCUCUUAAUCCGGCCCUGACCAUACUCACUGGGACUGGCUACCUAAUUGCUGUGGUCCUGGUGGACUUUUGUUUGGAAACCCUUACAGAGUGACAGUGCAUCUCUUUUUUUUUUUUUUUUUUGUUGUUACUCAUCUAGCUUUGUCCUUGCCUUGAAACAAUAAAUAAAACAAAUAGCAAAAUGAACUUAUUUCCAGCCAUAUUUACAUUCUUCUUCAUGUAUAUUAACUGUUAUGGGGAAUAUACAUCUUGCUAUCUUGUUUUUGUGAAUUUUUACAUUGAAAUAACUCACAACAAAUACAACAUUUAAAACAAAAAAAAAAUAAUUAAAUAAUUAAAGAAUACAUUUAAUCCUAUUUUAAUUUAUGCUCUUUUGAACAAGCAAAAUAUUCUGCCUUUACAUUGUGAUAGCAGUUUUUAUAGCAAAUGUACAGUUUAGGAAAAAAAACUAUUUAAAAAUAGUUUUUUCUCCCAGCUCUCAGUCAUUGUCUCAGCAAACACACAACGCCAAGACAUCGACUGGCAAUCAGAGAAAUAAAGACCUCCUGUUGGAGGAGAGGUGAGUAAAUCUCCAUAUUUAAAAUUGAAUACAUCAUGGAUCUUUGUGAUAUAUGGUGUAUUCAAUCUAUAUGGGAGCGAUUUAAGGUGAGUUCAUAUUUUCAAUACAGGUUCACUUAUUCAUAUAGAGAUAAGAGAAGUAGUAGCUCAAAAGAAGAAGAGGCAAUGUCCGGACCAUGUAUGAUAUGUCACAAAUUUGUGAAGUAAAGCAAUAAAUAGUAAAUCCCUUAGCUGUGGUUAUGUUUUGUCUGGAAUAACCAUUACGAAGGGUUAUAUGAAGAUCUUUUUGGAUGGUUUUAAUGGUGCACGUGUGUUCUAAACAUCUGGAGCCGUACAGCAUGUGUGGGUGUCUUUGCAGGGCAGUGGGAUUAACCAGAGAAGCUUCCUAAUGAUCAGAAGGAUUAGAUGAAUAAAAACAGCAGGCAGCUUUCUGUGAGUGGUCAACAGCUGUUUAACCCUUGUGCAUGCACAGGGCUUUGGCGCCUUUGUUCUUCUGCUCUUCAUCCUCAAUUAUAUGAAUAUGGCAGUCUCAUAAAUGUAAAUGUUUAUAAAUUGAUUAAAAUGAUACACUGUACUGGUUGUUUGCAAAAAUUCCAAAUUAGCAAAAUUAAGUAGUUGUGUAUGUGCUGAUAUCACUCUAAAAAUACCCCAAUCUCGAAUAAAUGCAAGAGUUGUAUUUUGGAGACAAUACAUUUCAUCUAUAGACACACAUAGAAUUGUUUGAAAAUUUAUAGACAAAAUCAAAUUUUACACUAGCUAGCAUAUGCUGUUUUAUUUUUUUAGACGUCCAUUUGCUUUAAUCUUCUAGUACAGUACUGUAAGUGUUUUGGUACUGCGCAGUGCAGCAAACUGACUAAGUACUAUAAUGCUGCUGCUUUUAUGUGAUAUAAUAGCCCAAGGCAAACUGUAGUGGAGUCACUAUAAUAACAAAUUUGUGUAUCUGAAUACUUGGAAACAAUUUAAUCCUUUGAAGACACACAGCUUCGACAGUAAAAGUAUUUAUGAAUCUAUUAUUAUACACUUUUUUUUGUGCCAUUCUGGCUACUGGGGUACCCUAAUACUAGUAUUUAUUCCUAAUAUUCAGGAUGUGAAAAGAGAUGUAGUUUGGUAGACCUGCGACUACAAAGAUAAAGCUUUAAUAAUCACUGUCGACUCCCAAAAGCUCUUAAACAAAUAACUUGAAUUUAGACAUGUGCAAUUCGUUUGAAUUUCGCCUAAUUUCAGUAAAUUCUGACAUUCGGAUGUUUCCGAAUGUCCAAAGUGAUGAAUUGCCGAAUUUCUGAAGUGACGAAUUUCCGAAGUGCUGAACCGAACCGAUUUGCAGAAGUGCCGAAUUACUGAAGUGCCAAAGUACUUCGAAUUUCUGAAAAGUGGCAUAACAAGAGAGGGAGGUAAACUUACGUGAAUGAUGACAGGGGUAGGGUUAGGAGUAGGGUUAAGGUUAGGGGUAGGGUUAAGGGUAAGGUUAGGGGUAUGGGUAGGGUAAGGGAUAGGGUUAAGGUUAGGAGUAGGGUUAGGGUUAGGGUGGGGUAGGGUAAGGGGGUAAGGGAGCCCUACAGAUGCUGAAGUCCUGAAUUGCCAAAGUCCCGAAUUUCGGAAGUGCUGAACCAAACUGAAUUGCUGAAGUGCUGAAUUGCCGAAGUGCCAAAUUAUUUUUCUUACCCAAAUAACCGAACCAAACCAAAUUAUUUGCCCAUGCACAUCCCUACUUGUAUUUAUUUAGAAGAUGAUAGUCAGACAUUAAUACCGCUGUAUUCACAAGUUUAACCCAUUGUUUAACAAGUUUAAUUAGUUAUUUACUAAAGUGAGAAUUUAAAGUGGAUUUUAAAUUUGAGGCUAGAAUAGCUGGAAUGAAAGCAUAGCUAACUUAGAAAAUGUUUGCAAAAUGACUAUUUUAUGUUAAACUUGAAUUUACCAUGAAUUCCCACUUUGUUGAACAAUCCUGAUACAGUCUUACGCUGGUCUGAGGGUACUACAUAUGGAAAUUUUAGCGAGUGCCACUCCAGUUUAUGCAUAUAUUAUAUUUGAGCUAAUUGACACUUUAAUGUAUAACACUUUCUUACGAGGUUAAUCCAAGCAUCAUAACUACUACAGUACUUGUUAUGAUGCGAGGAGUAUCCUAUUGCUAUUCCCCAGCAAAUGGGCAAACUGUUUCGCUACAGUUUGCCUUUUGCCUGGGUCUUGCUGGGUGCUUAGCCUGCCUUCAGGGGAAUUGCAGAAGUGAUCCUGUUGGUCAUUUAUUGGCUGAAAGUGUCAACUGAGUGCUCUCCAAUGAAUAAAUAUCUGUACAUAGAAUAUGCACAUAAUUGACAUUAGUCUGCCCAGUACUCUAAUUCCAGGCUGGCUAAUGUUCUGCCAGAGAUGGAGUAGCCUGAAUAUCUCUGUACAUGCAGAGUUUCAUAAUUAAACGGUGCUCAUACAAACUACUUGCACCAUGACCACUGCAAAACACUGGAGUGAUCAAUGCAUUCUUCAGCCACCAAAGUUGGAAGAUAAAAAAACAGAUUAAAAAAAACAUUUGAGCUUGGAAAAUGUGACUUGGCUUACAAAUAAAAGAAAAACCUCUUCCUUUGCUCGUGCUAUGUGAUGCUUGUAUUUAACUAUUGAAUCUAUACAGUGAUAUACCCUGUAUGAAUGAAACAGUACAAGUAAAAAAUUGGAAUCAAACUGUCAUUGUGCAGAAAAACUCUACCCCAAAGACUUCAUCAAUUUUCCAAUAUAAAUACAAAAACACAACAGGGGUGGAUCUGCUUGGAAAAAUGAGAAGAAAGGCACAACAUAGUGCUUAGCCUUUCUCUGCUGGGUCAGCACAUUCUCUUUCACACAUUGGUUUAUUCUCUCUUUACCCAAGAGUUACAAAAAUCAUGCCAACCAUGACAAUGGCUAAUUAAGAAAAUAAAUGAAGGCAUUGUACUGUUUCUUUUCAAAUGACUGUGGAUGUGUACAACACCAUAAUAAGGGUUCUGGUCCUACAUAAUUAUAAUACAUUAAAUAUUAUCUCAGCCAUGUUCUACAUCUACACUAAUUCUCUGUGUUAGUUCUACAAAGCAAAUGGUCUGAAGACAUCACUGUUGUAAAUACCAUAAUAUAAAUGUUCAUAUGAUAGGAUGAUAUGAAGGAUUUAUAAUGUCAUCUCCAAUCCCUCAUAUCAUCCUUACAUUUACACAUAUAGGAUUUCACCAUAAGCACCGUAUGUGCACUUUCAUUUACAUGACAAAUCUGUACUGUGAUCCAAACACAACCGCCUGAUUAAUGUUUAUUGUGCUAGAUUGCAGUGCACCAUACUGGGGUAAUGAGUGGAAAAAACUCUUCCUGGAUUUGUGUGGAAGCUUCAUGUAAGCUGAAAAAAAGAAAAGCAUUUAAAUAAUUCUUCGUGUGCUCACUAGGGCACAGUAAUAUUUAGCCAUAUGUGGCUGUCAGGCAACCCAAAAUAAUUAUUUGAGCAUUGUAAUAAACUGGUCUACACACAUACAGUAAAGAACAAAGUGUAUAGUGCUUUAAAAUAGGUACAAGAAAUUAUGUAGUAAAAUUAGUGCUUCAAGAAGCAGAAAAGUCAUUAAAAACAGUUCCUUUAAAAUUUGAUAUCAUAUCUGGAGGAAAAAAUUAUAAUAGUAUAAUAUGUCCUCAUUGUAAUGCUGGCUUUGUCACUUUGGGAAUAAAUAUCUCCAUCUCUCUUCGAAUGACAUAAAAAUGAAUUUGUUACAUAAAAGCAGAGUGGACCGUAAAAUGCACCAAAUGAAGACUCCAAAAGCAUUUCAGCAGCUUGAGCUAGCUGGACACAACUUAAUAGAAGUAUGGUUAACAGAAAACAAUAUAGUUGCUAGUGCAGGCAGCUUAAAGCAGCACUGUCACCAUCUGGGGAUUUUACAUAGUUUCCAAAGAUCGUUGACGGACACAUAGCAGCUAGGGUUCGGUAGCUGGAGACAGGAAGGCAAAGGUUUAACUGACCUGAACCUGUCAUUCAUGAGAGCCACCAUCUUCUUUCGUCCAGUCCUCUUCUGCUCCUGGUGCUUCUGCGCCAUGAGCCAACGUCACUAUUGUACUCUCACACGUACUCUCUUUUGAUUUAUGGCUGGUACCGCACGAUUGCGGGAUCCUCCAUAGACAGAGGCAAUUUCCUGCAGCGGUGGUAGCUUCACCCAGUGUCUAGACGUGUCAGACGUAGGAAAAAUACCGAGACAAAGAAGUCCAUACAUUGUCUCAAUAUACCUGUAUCUUUUGACUGGGUUGGAAUUUCAGUGAAGAUUUUGUCUUUAUGAAAUAUUCAUUUUGCGGGUAAGGUGGUGAGCGGAAUGGAGGUGACAGUGCCGCUUUAACACUAAAAACAGCCAUAUAUGGCAAAGUCAAAAGCAGGAAGAAGUUCUCAGACCAGCUGAUGAAUAGAUGAGAUUCAAGUGAGAUCAGGUAAUUUGACAGGGGAUAGUAGGCGGUACUGAAAUACUGAGCAGAGCAAGUUUGAAUCCACCUAUGGCAGAACAAAAGCUUAAACACUCUGGCACUGGUUUUCAUUAAGGAUAUUUAUGUAUUUUGCUGUGUUCAUCUUCCCCUCAUCCUGACCAGUGUCCCAGUCCAUGUCGCUGAAAAACACCACAAACCAUGAUGUAAUUUGUAAUGGUAUUGUGCAGGUGAUAAGAAGUGCUUUAAAUUAAGGCCAAACAGUGCAAUCUUUGUUUCAGACCAGGGAAUCUUGUGUCUCAUAGUAUGAGAGUGCUGGCUAGUGUGCCAUAGAGGCCUGAUCGGCGGAUCGUUGCAGUGAUGGUUUUCCUUCCAUAAGUUUCUUCUAUCUCUUGAGUUUACCCAGAGUGAUCUUGGGCUCUUGGUCACCUCUCUUACCAAAGCCCUUAUCCCUUGAUCAUUCCCAGGUUGUUCCAAACUUCUUCCAUUUAGGAAUUAUGGUGGGCACUGCACUCUUGUGAACCUUCAACGCAGCCAACAUUUUUUGUAGCCUUUCCAGAUCUGUGUCUGGACACAAUUCUGUCUCUAAGCUUUGGAAGCAGUUCCUUUGACCUCGUGGCUUGUUUUCUUGCUCAGAUUCAGUUGUGAGACCUUUAUAGCUAAGUGUAUGCCAGGGCUGUCCAACCUGCAGCCCCCCAGAUGUGGCUGAACUACAACUCCCAUGAUUUCCUGGCUGUUUUUUUUAGAAACAUAAAUUAGUGUUCCUUCUGUUAAUGCAAACAACUUUUAUUUAUUUUUUCUAUAAAUGUGAGUACAACAACUUUUAUUUAUUUUUUCUAUAUUUGGAAUCAGAAUUGCUACACUAUUGGAGUUUCUCUUCUCUGUUUCCAUUUUGUCUAUGCCACUACACCAAUGGAGUAUUGAAAAGUCGAACCUUCUAUCCUGAGACGGGGAUUGUACCGUCCGUGCAAGUUAAGGUAGAGCUCCUGAUUAGCUCUACCAAAUGUGAGUUUAAAAUACCUCUGUUUUACACAUCAUUUCCGUUUCAAACUUGUUAUAGCAUAUUGCACUAUUAUAUUUCCCUUUUUGUGUUCUUUUUGAGGAUAUAUUACUCAUACCAACUAAGGGACAUCAAGUGUAUGUAUGUAAAAUUAAUUUAGAGCGCAGUUUCCUUCCUUUCUUUCAAACAACUACAUGCAUGGAAAGCUAAUUAAUUUUUUCAUUUACAUUUUAAACCAAUACAAGAAGAAAAAGAUAGUUUUAAAAAUUGUGGUGAUUAAACAUAGCCACCUAAUGUUCAUUUUAACAGUAGGCAAAACAUUAUAUCUUUAAGGGAAUUAAUGUUUUAACAUACAAGUAAGUUUAUUUCUAAGCAGAGUUUUUCAAGAACAUUUAACAAGCUCUCGGAUUAUAUUCUAUGACACAGUUAAUCCAUUGAAAGAGAGCUGAGACAUAUUAUCCCUGUUUUGUUUUCAGCAAAUGGCACACCCACUUCAAUUCCAAACAUUCCAAUGUUGGGAAGUAUGACAGUUUGGAAGGGAGAGUCAUAGAGGGUGGACUUAGGGAGCAAAAUAAUGAAUCACACCCAGCAAAACUAACUGUAACUAACACCUUGUAUCAGACAUAUAAUGUGGGUGCCUGAAAAGUCCCAUGAAGCCAAUUAUGAAGAGUAAAAAAUAACAUGUUAUUCACCAUGACCACUUAAGUCCCUUGUUGAGGUUACAGUACCAGCAAUUCCCUGGUGCCAUCCAUUACUUCUGUGUCCGCUUUGAUUGUUAGAAGUUCAAGUUCCUAUUUGUCAUGUUCUUCCUCCCAUUAAGGCGUCCCAUUCUAAGCAUUUAGUGUUUGUUGACGCCUGUGUGACAUUCCUUCCUUUCGUUUGUUUCGCUAUCAUUUGAGUAGCAGUCAGGACUUGUUUUGUGGGAACAAGAUACCACCUCAACAGUAGUUUAUAUAAAAGUUCUACAUGUGACAUACUUUUGGUAAACCCCUUUACCAAUUUGAAUGGUAGGGACCAUUCUGUCUCUGAGAUAUCAGUCUGCAAGUCUGCUGCCCAUUUGGCGUUGUAAGAGCAUACCUCCGAGUUUUCUGCGUGUGUGAGUCUGUACAUGGAGCAUAUGGAGAAGCUUUUUUUGCCUAAACAUGUUUGGUUAUUAGAUUAUAUAAUGGUCCUAUAUCUUGUUUAGCUACAUUCCCUGUAGGUGAGUUUGCAUUUAGGAACGAGCUGAGUUCUCUUUGCAGUAACACAGUUGUAUCACAAAUCUCCUGGAAUGUUUCCAGUGUGUUUUAUGUGUAUGUGGCCCAGUAUUGUUAGGCCUUAUUGACCCUAAGUUUUAAAAGAUAAACCAGAGAUUGGUCAAAAUAUGCUAGUGAUGUGUGAUCUUUUAAGUUAGUCAAUGCCAGUAGAGCUCUACUCAUUUUGUCCUACAUUUGAAUUGAGAGUCUGGAGGUUGGCAUUCAAAGAGAAUAGGGAUUGACCAAUAUAAUUUUUCCAGAGCCGUGGCCGAUAUUGAUUAUCAGUCGCCUUUUAGGCCGAUUGCUGAUAACUAUUUUGAAAAAGUAACACAAUUUCUACACAAAUCUGGCAUUAACUAACAUGCUGACAACAAUCACACUCAUAUCACUCUGUCAGCCAGUCGAGUACAUUACAGUAAAUUAUUCACUGUAUCACCUCCCUGCCCUAAACUGAGCUUCGCAUUAUGUAUGGACUCACAAAAAGGAGUGACAUGAAGUCACAAAAUGGUGCCUUAUUGGCUGGCGGCUAGAGUUUCCAGGUGCAGAAGACAGUGUGUGGUGACUGGGAGAGGUGAGUAAGUUAUAGGUAAUAUUGGUAAAUACCGAUUAUCGGUAAAAUGAUGAAUAUCGCAUCUAAUAAUUAGGAGAACCAAUACUUGGUCUAUCCCAAGAAGAGACAUUGAUAAGCUCUGUGAUGGUGGAGUCAAUAGCAUCGACUGGAUCCUGCCAUAUGUUAAAAUAGACUCCUCAAUAUCUACCCAUUGGAUCUGUGCUUCUGGAGCAAAGAAGAGCAAGCUGUGGGCCAAUAAUAAGGCUUGGUAAUAGGUUUUUAUACAGGGAACUGCCGUUCCCCCUCCUCCACCCUGCUUUUGUAUAAAGUACCCCUAGAAAAACGCCUGCCGUUUUUGGCAUUUAUACAUUUAUUGAUCCCUGCUUGAAUCGAUUUCAGAGUCUUGUCGAACACCUGGGUUGGCAUUGUGUGGCAUUGGUAUAAUAGAUUUUGUUACAAAGUUACAUAGCUGACAAGAGACAUGCCUCCAUCAAGUUCAGCCUUUCUCAAAUCUGUUUUUUCUGUUGAUCCAAAUAAAAAUAAAAAUAAACACAUCUGAUGUGCUUAAAAUUUUGCAACAAACUAGGAAAAAGUCUCUUCUUGACCCCAGAAUGGCAGUUUUGCUUGGAUCAAGACGUUAUUAAUCCAAAAAUUUAAAAUGAUAUCUCUGAAUAUUUUGUUUUUGUAUGUAUUCAUCCAGUAGCUUUAAACAUCUGUACAGAAUAUGAUAAAACCACCUAUUCAGGCAGAGAAUUCCACAUCCUUAGUGUUCUUACUGUAAAAACCUUUCCUUUGUCUUAGACUAAAACUCCUUUUUCCAAUCCAAAUAUGUGACCCUGUAUUCUAUGUAUAGUCCUGUGUAUGAAUAGAUUUCCAGACAAUGGUUUGUAUUGGCCAAGGUCUCCUUUUCUCCCUGUGAAUAUAGCCAGAAUUAAUAUAGCUUAGAGAUUACAGCCAAUAUCGCUAUUCCACCCAAACACUAGCCGAGACUUAGUGCAGGGUGAAGAAGAACUGGUUUAUUGGGACAAGUGACACUCUUUUAUAACACAAGGUGUUACACAACAUCCAACACCUACGUGUCUGUGUCUGACAAGGUAAUUUAAUUAACGACACCUCUGCGCUUAUAAACAUUUUUAUAAUAAAACUAGGGUUCCCGUGCCCACAUCUCCAAACAAAUGCCAUCCCCGAUAAGCUCUCUUGAGUGCCCACUCUGUCCAAAAAACACUCUGAUCUGAGGAGUCUAUCCAAGGUAGCUGGAAGUACAGCUUUGUCCAGGCUGUGACCAUCAAGUGAUCCGGCCCAGAGUUCCACAGCACUUGAUAGGAAAUCUCGGUCACCUGAAAUGAUGGCGCUUUCGGUCUGUACAUGUAGCUCCCUCAAGUCCUUGGUAUCGUUCAAUGCCUCACCACCUCCUCCAUCACCCCUCCAAAUAGCGCUGUCAUGGUGACUCUGAGACCGAGAACACCCUUCACAAAGUUUUAUGAACCAUGGCAACUCUGUGAUCUGAUCAAGAAUUCCAGAGGCUUUGUGUGUUCCUCCCGGUCAAGCACAGCCUGCCUCUAUGACUUUUCUGCUGGUUUGUGAUAACUCCUGGGCCACUGGAAGAGAUGCUUGGGCUGGGAGAGACGGGCUGAAGGGUAAAUGUGAUGAUUUUUUUUAAUGGAACAAUGUGAGUGUUUACAAUCGUUCGUGAUAACUUUGUUAUGGAUAUCUUACCAUUCCAAGUUUGAGAGAUUGUUUCAGUAGGGCAGUCCAUUACAGUCUCUGGAUGUUGCUGCAUGGUGCAUUUUCUAUGAUUGCUUUUCCAGGGGUUCCCCACUGUUAAUGUGGGUCCUAUCUUUUCAGCAUAAUAAUGGGUACUGUUGCUUGUGCUGAUCCUGCUGCUUUCCAGUCUGGCUACAUCCUUGGAAAUUUUGAUUGCAAAGAUGAUGUUGCACAGAGUUCUUUAUGUUGGAUGUUUCAUUGUAGCUGGAGUCUGAGUCUUUCCCGGGUGAGUUGGCUGCAAAUGUUAUGCUGUUUCUGGUUAUAACUAAUGUUACUGGGCAACUCGUUUUACAAUGUAUAUUUUGUUGCCUCAACGCAAUGUAUAUUUAAUUGCCUCAAUUUUAGAAUUAUCUUCCAAGUUGUAUUGUGAGAUAGGUUUGCAAAAAUGUUAAGAUGUUAAUAUUUCUCAGCAUAGUUUCAUGAUGCCAUGGCUUUUUCCACUUUAAUUGUUUUUAUUUUAUAGAAGAGGACUGCUGUGAUCUUGUCCAUAGGGGUGUACGUGGGUUGUCUGGGAGAUAUUGGUAGGUGAUCAAGUACUAUGGUUCCCCUAUUAUUCUCAGGUAAUAAUGUGGAUAAAAAUUCACAUUUCUGCCUUGAUGUCUUCAGAUAUUCCACUGAUCCGAAGAUUAUUGUGGCACGAUCUGUCCUCAGUAUCUAUAAGUUUUAGUUGUUUUACUUCAUGCUGAUCUGCAAGAUUAUUAUGGUGGGCCACUAUCAUCCACACAUCCCUCCAGAUUACAUGUUUUGUCUUUCCUCCCAGUUCCAGUAAUUCCCUCUUCAGGGAAUCAACUAGGCCCUUUAUGUCAUUUUUAAUGUAUUGACUGAAUUCCUGUAGCAGUAACCUCAUUUCAGCUGGUGCUGGUGUUCCUCAGUGAGCUGCAGUAGAGAGGCAUGGUGUUGAUGAUGUGGAUGCCGUUGCAAUCUGCUCCGUCCACCAUAUUGGCUUUCGAUCGGUGAAGCAAAAUUUUGUUUGUUGUGAUGUAGUGCUUUGUUUUAAGGGUUUGCAAGCCAUUUUUUGCCACAGAUCUUGCUUUGUACAUAGUUAGCUCUCUUGCUCAUUUGGGUGGGAUGAUGUGGGUAUUGGUUCACGAUAUUUAGCGCCAUUAGACAGAGAGCAUCAAACACUUCAGCUAAGCUUUUGAGUGGUUUGAUACAAACCGAAGGUCCCCUGAGCAUGUGGCUUAGAACUUUAGCAUAUUACUAUUGCGAAAAACCAUAUUACAAUAUCCAUUCCAUCCAUAUUUUGAUAGAAUUCACUGGCUGAGCUAACAAAAUUGAUAAAUGGGGAAAUAUAAGUUUGACAAUAGCAUUAUCCCAAGCAAGAUGCUGACAGCAGGCACACUGAGGAGCCUGGUUUGGUUUGUGUCAAGCUUCUUGAAAGCUGAGAAUCAAAGGACAUGUGUGUAUUGAAAUUUGUAAAUUAAUAAUGUAAGUAUAUAAUAUAUUAUAUACUACACUGCUUGGCCAACUAAAUAGUCACCACCAAAAAAAAAGGUCACACACUAAUAUUUAGUUGGACUGCCUUCAGCUUUGAUUACGGCACGCAUUCACUGUGGCGUUGUUUUAAGAAGCUUCUGCAAUGUCACAAGAUUUAUUUCCAUCCAGUGCAUUAAUUUUUCACCAAGAUCUUGUAUUGAUGAUGGGAGAGUCGGACCACUGGGCAAAGCCUUCCCCAGCACUUCCCAAAGAUUCUCAAUGGGGUUAAGGUCUAAACUCUGUGGUGGCCAAUCCAUGUGUGAAAAAUUAUGUCUCAUGCUCCCUGAACCACUCUUUCAUAUUUUGAGCCUGAUGAAUCCUGGCAUUGUCAUCUUGGAAUAUGCCCAUGCCAACAGGGAAGAAAAAAUCCAUUGAUGGAAUAAGCUGGUCAUUCAGUAUAUUCAGGUAGUCAGAUGACCUCAUUCUUUGGGCACAUAAUGUUGCUGAACCUAGACCUGACCAACUGCAGCAACCCCAGAUCAUAGCACUGCCCCCACAGGCUUGUACAGUAGGCACUAGGCAUGAUGGGUGCAUCACUACAUCGGCCUCUUUUCUUACCCUGAUGUCCCCAUCACUGGUGGUUCCCCACUAUCCUUUCAGUUUUUAAUAAUGCGUUGGACAGUUCUUAACUAAUUUUAGUAGUUUCUGCAAUCUCCUGAGAUGUUUUCUCUGCUUGAUGCAUGCCACUGAUUUUACCUUUCUCAAUCAAACUAACAUCUUUUUCACGACCAAGGGCAGGGCCAUCUUUAAUAUUGAUUGGACCCUGGGCAAGCAUCUGUUUGGGCCCCCUGGGCAUGCAAUCACUCCCUCCACCCCAACCUAGAGGCGAAACUAAUGUAGAGAGUGCCUUGGUGCAACAAAAAAAAAUUCAGGCCUGCCCUGUAGCACAAGAGUAAAGAAAAGAUAGAUCCCCAUCUGUCAUACAACUCCUGCGAUGCUAUGCCAGCUGGGGAUCUACCAUCCUUGCAGGGUUGUAUUUUUGAGCAGUGUUUGUGCAAAUGAAUGUCAGCAUGUUAUUGUAUAGAGUGUAUGUGUGCAUGUAGGGGUGUAUUUGUAUGUACUGUUACCAUUGGAAUGCAGUGGUGUACUUGUGUGUAGUGUUUGCAUUUUAAUGCAGGGAUGUGUGAUUGUUUGUAGUGUUGGCUUUUAAAUGCAGGUGUACUUUUGUGUGUAGAGUUGGUGUUUGUAUAUAAUUUUAGCGUUUUAAUACAGGAAUGUGUUUGCAUGUAAUGUUUGUAUUUGCAUGCAGGGGGGUGUUUGGAUGUAGUGUUGUCUUUUAAAUACAUGUGUACAUUUGUGUGUAGUAUUAGUGUUUCAGCAAACUGGUGUGUUUGUAAUGUUUGUGUUUGCAGGGGUCUGUUUGCAUGUUGUGUGAUUUCUAUAACACAUAUACACAUACACAUUAACACGCAGAUACACACAUGCUCACACUGACACAUGCUCACACCUUGACACAUACACAUACACACACACUCAGAUACACACCCUUUGACACACAGAUACAAGCACUUUGAUAUACACACACUGGCACAUACACACACACUGACACAGGUAUAUACACACACACUCAGAUACACACAUACAUAAAGGUAUAAAUGCAGGGGUGUAUAUGUGUACAGUGCUAGAGAUGGAAUGUAGGAGUGUAUUUGUGUUGGCAUUAAAAUGCUGGGAUGUAUGCAUUACCACACACUCAGAUGCACACUUACACACACACUGAAACACACACACAGGUGCACAUACAGGUGUAUGAGGUAUACAUACACACAGAAACACUGACACACAGACAAACACAGCCAGAUACACACAAGGACAUAAACACAGCCAGAUACACACAUAUAUAUAUGUGUACAUUUACAUAUUUUAAUCUCUGCCUUCUAGCAGCUCUUGGACAGCAACUCCCAGCAACCUUGGCCAAUAUAAUGUCUCAACUCUGUUCUUACAUACCCUGGUCCAGAAUUUGGCAAAAGUGACAUUUGAAAAUGGUGUACAGCCUUUGAUAACACUUGAUGCAAUAUGUUAAAAUAAAUACUUUUUAAAUUUAUAUUUAAUAGGGAACUGUCAGGUUCUUCUAGGAUUUUUAACACGUACUUAUUCCCUGUGUGUUACAUUACAAGCACCAACACACUUAAAUAAAAGUGAUAUCAGAAAUUAGCAAAACAAAAAACAAAACAUAUUUAGCCACCCUCCUGUCUCCUUACCUUUUGGGUACAGAAAGGUGGUUUCCCUGGGGUCCAGUGGGAGCUUGCUGGCCCAGGCUGAUGGGAGUCUGCCAUCAGCUUUCUCAGUCCCUCUCCCCCACAAUGCUUGCAUCCUCCUCCAUGUGGUGUGUGCCUCCUCCCCAGCGGCACUGAGGAGGAAGUGAUCAGUUCUUACUGGGAGGAAGCAAUCUGACCUCACUUCCUCCCAGCAUGCCCAGGAAACAAAGAGACUCACAGGGCAGUAUGUGAGGGGGCUAGCUGUGAGUAUGUAGUCAGCCACCCCCCAUAUAACAGGGGCCCGGGCCAGUCCAGAGCAGUAUUAAAGGGCUGUGGCCCCUGAUUACCUCAGGUGGCCCAUGGGGCAGCUGCCUUAGGGCCCCCAGGAGUAACUGGGCCCGGGGCAGCUGCCCCUUUUGCCCCUCCUUAAAGACGGCCCUGACCAAGGGAUGUCUUUCGACAUGGUUAUUUAAGAAAUGAGAAGCUACUCAUUGCAUCAGUUAGGGUUAAAUAACUUGUUGCCAGCUGAAAGUUAAUCACCCAUGCAGUAACUAUCCAAUAGGAGGCUCUUACCUAUUUGCUUAGUUAAAUCCAGGUGGUGACUUUUUUUUUGGCCAGGAGGUGUAUAUUAAUAUACUUAAAUAAAUUUAAAAAAAAAAAAGAAUAAAAUAUAUAUAUAUAUAUCUAUCCAUAAAAAUGGAAUGCACUCCAGUGUCCUUUGAUUGUAUAACUCAAAUAUAACAUUUAAUUCAUAUAUAAAAUAAAAUAAUAUACAUCUUGUAUAUUCUUUUAUUUUAUUUAUGAAUUAAAAGUUAUAUUUGAUUUAUACAAUCAAAAGACCCUGGAGUGCAUUCCAUUUUUCUGGAUAUCUACAAGUUUUGCUGGAUUUGCACCGGGCAUCAAUCUCAUCUAUACCUGGAGUGCAGGCAUACUGGAUUUAUAUAUAUAUAUAUAUAUAUAUAUAUAUAUAUAUAUAUUUGUGUUAGGUGCUUAAGAUAGUACAGUGUGAAAUACCAUGAAUAAGCGUAGGAUGAUAAAAGGAGCAAGUCGGUUGUGGUGUGCCGAAACCGACGAUGAGGUAGGCCUGAGAAAGAAGAGGGCCCACCCAGGAAAAGAAAUAGAAAGGAAAAUAAAUUUUAAAAGUGGUGUGGUGGGAGGGUCAUUCAACGCUGACCUCGAACGGUAAGGAGCCAGGCAAGGGGAGUGCCUUAAGUAGGCUAGGGGUAGAAAACCAGCACCUCCCACAAAUGCAGGCAAAUUGCCUUAAUACUUGUGUUAGGUGCUUAAGAUAGUACAGUGUGAAAUACCAUGAAUAAGCGUAGGAUGAUAAAAGGAGCAAGUCGGUUGUGGUGUGCCGAAACCGACGAUGAGGUAGGCCUGAGAAAGAAGAGGGCAAAAAUUAAGUAAUCCAAUUUAUUAACAGACCACCAAUACAUAUACAUUUAUCAACCAGACAUGUUUAUGAAAGCAUCUCUUAACUCUUGUACUGGGUUCGGUAUGUACCGUGAGUAAGCGGAUGACUUCCAGCGCCCCAGUGUUUUGAUAACAUGAGUUGGGAUGUUGAAACUGGAGGCUGUGGACGCGGCUCCUAUACGAAAGGAGUGUCCUGAGUAAUUGUUAGCGUUGAGGCCCAGUUGUGUGAGCAAGGACCUGACGUAGGUCAUGAAGGUUGUAGUGGUGAGUACUGCACCUUGUAGUUGUAAUAACGGUUGCGAGGGCAGUAAGUGAUGGUGCUGUAUGUAGGCAUCAAGAACUUUUACGGGACACCAUCUGUUGUGCGUGGGGUAGUACGGAAUGUUUACAGGUAUGUGCUGGCUGGUUUUGGAGUGAGGUAAAGACAGGAUGUAAUGAUCCAUAUGUUUGUCAAGUGGGAAUAGAGGAGGAAUGGAGUGGUUUGGGUCGUGGAGGUCGUAGUGAAUUCUCUGGGUCGUAGAAAUCCAUAGAAAGCGAUGUAUAUUGCUGUUUUGAUGAUAGAAUUCGUAUUAGUGUCAAACGGUUUCAGGUCGAGUAGGUUAGAUAAAGCUUUGAAGAUAUGGUUAUCUAUGGGUAGCCUCUGGGCCAAAUGUAUGGGUUCUGAUUUUUGAAUACCUCUGAGUAUGGUCUUAAUUUGGUGAGAGGCCAUGAAACUGUUGUUAUUUGGGUGUAAGAUGAGCAUGUGGUGUUGAAUGCCAGUGAGAUAGAGUUUGAUGGUGUUAUAUGACAAUUUGAGUUUAAGGUGGCAAAAGGAAGCAAACCCCAAAAAAGAUGUCAUAACAAACGGUUGUAUGAUGUUAUGUUCCAGAAGGAAUCGUUUGAAUAGUGUGAAAGCCCUGUUGUAUGUUUUGUUUGUAUUGUGUGAAAGUGCCAACUGAGACAAUGUCCUGCUAUGCUGCAUGAUGACGUCUAGUCCAGUAUGAGUUGUUGAAAUGUUGGAGUGAUGGUGGCUGUGGGUGCUGCUGACGGGAGUGCUUGAUGAAACUCCUGAAAUUUAAAGCGAGACAAACUGUCAGCAGCUGUGUUGUAUACACCUGGCACAUGGAAACAACAUAGGAAGAAAUUAUGACAAGCUGCCAACCAAGUGAGUUUCCUCAGAAAUCUCAUAAUCGUAAGAGAUUUGGAACGACCUUUGUUGAUGAUGUGACAGGUGCCUGGUUGUCUGAGUAACAACGCACUGGCGUAUUAGCCCAUAAAUGACCCCACGCUACGGCAGCCGCCACUAUGGGGUAGAUCUCAAAAAGAGCUGAGGUAGUGGAAAAACCUUCCAAAUCCAGAACUGCUGAAGGCCAGCUGCCCCAAAGCCAUUCGUUCCCAAAAAUUGCUGCAAAACCAGUGGUAGAUGCCGCAUCUGACCAAAUGGUAGGAGAUGAUUCAGUCAAUUGAGGGAGGAACAUACUUUUACCAUUCCAAGUGGUUAAAAACCUCUUCCACAUGUUUAGAUCUGCCGUAGCUUGGGCAUCUAAGGACAACCUGUGCGUGUCAUGUAGAAAAAGUGGGAAAAGAUGCAAUAGUCGUGAAAUAAAGGAGCGGCCUUGAGGUAUGAUGCGCAUUGCAAAAUUUAGUGACCCCAGCAGGGACUGUAGUUCUUUGCGGUUGCAAGUGCCGAGCUGUAGGUAGUUGUUUAUGUAAGUGAGAAUAUUGUCUAUCUUUUCGUAAGGUAGGCUUGCUUGCAUUGUGGCAGAGUCUAACUGGAUACCCAGAAAAGUGAUAACCGUGUCUGGCCCUUCUGUUUUCUUUGGGGAGAUGGGUACACCUAGUUGCUCAAACAGCUUAGUGGUAGCUUUGAGGCUAGUGGGAGGUGCAGUAUUCUCCUCGACCAGUAGGAAAUCGUCCAAGUAAUGUAAUACUGUAGGGCAUCCGGCUAUGUUCAAUAGUAACCAGCAUAGUGCUUCGGCAAAUGUGUCGAAAAUAGCUGGGCUACUUUUGGACCCAAAAGUUAACCGGGAGAAAAAAUAGUAGUUCUCGGACCACUUGAUGCCAUGCAGGUGCCACAGUGUGGGGUGGAUAGGGAGUAAUUUGAAGGCGUUAGUAAUGUCGGUCUUACUGAGCCAGGCUCCCACCCCUGCUUGUAUGAUGGCUGUAAUGGCGUGAUCUAUGGUGGUGUAUUGCAGAGAGAAUUCCUCAGAGGGUAUGAGGGAAUUAAGACUGGGGUUGGCCGAUGAGUGGGGAGCCGAUAAGUCAAUGAUGAGUCUCUGUUUUUGGGAAGAUUUCCCUGUGACAAUACCAAUAGGGUUGGUGCGCCAUUCUGUGAAUGGGGGAGUUCUAAAAGGCCCCAAUACAAAGCCCUCCUCCACUUCUUGGUUUAUGAGGGUGUCAACCACUGUGGGGUUGUGUUGGGCGGAUUGUAGGUUUGGGCAUUCCAGAGUGCCAGCUGGUAUGUGUAGGAUACCUGUGUGGAAGCCUUCUGUUAAACCAGAAAUAAGAAAAUCUACCAGGUGUCUAGAUGGGUGCUGAGACAUCAAUGCUGUGAAUACUGGCAUAUUAAUGGACGUAAGGUAAGGCUUAGAAUACAUUUUAUUUGGACACAUGGUCUUAGCAUGUGCCCUAAAACAUUUUGAACAGACAUGCAAUAGUCUACAUCCACUGUAAUUACAAGACCCAACAUUGAAAUUAUUACAUAUCUGGGACUUGCCCAGAAACUUGAUUGGGCGUCCCAAUUUGUCUUUGGAUAGUUUCCCUGGAUCCCCAGAGGAACUAGUUCCUUGUGUGGAGGCAUGUCCGUCUGCCGUGUUGGGACAAAAAUUAGUAGUAUGGGCUGUGGAGGAGCAGUAUGCACAAGCUGGUGUUCUUAGACCUGCAAAGUGUCUGCAGAAUAAGACGGUAUCAAUCCUUCCCCAGUUGGAUCGUGUACCGUACUGGGAGAAGGCUCCAGCCACUUUUGCAGAAAAAGACCUAUGGUAGUCAUAGAAUGCUGAACCACCAUAUUUGUUGCCCAGGUCUACCAGCUUGUGCAUAUAGAGAUCAAACUCCUCUCUUCUGUUGGGAUAAACCGCACAGACGACAUCCCUGUAAAUACCAAACGCUAGUACAAAUUCAGGGAUAGUCAGUUUCCUGUUCAGGCGGGCAUCCCUAGAUCUGACAAUAACAGAAACAUCAUCAUAAGCAUACGUCUUAUGUUCCACAAUGUCCUGGGAGGCAAUCAACAGGGAAGCCAGGUUGACGUCUUUACCUUCCAGGAUAUCCCUUUUGAUAUGCUCAGGUAUCAUGUGGGCCGGGCUAACUUCCUGGUCAUCCAGGGGGCUGGCUGGAGCGACUAAUGGCAAGGCUGGUGUUUGUACCGCAGCCGCGGGUGGCCCUGCUAGAGUGAGGGCCGUGGUGACCGACUCAAGUUUCUCCAGCCUGGAGUUGACCUUGCCCAUGGAUGCCAUGAGUGAGGAUAACAUGGCAUGUAUGUCCCCUGGGUUGGACUGGCUAGAUCCUUCCCCGGCUUCCAUGUUAUUGGUUGAUGUGCGUAGCAGUUUGAAAAGUUCUGCCUUCCUUGCUGUAGCGGGGUAGGGGAUUUGUCGUCUCCUUAAUUCCGUGGUUAUGCGCGGGAUUGUCCAGGAUCUAAUUGAUGCUGGACUAGCUAGCUCUCCUCCUUGUGUGGGAGUGACAGCUCUAGCCGGGGUGCUAGGCAGGGAGAAAUCCUCUACCCCUUCCUGAGACAUACUAUAAAUAAAACAAUAAUUAGUAUAUAGAACCACCAAAUUGUACUGGCAGGCUAGCUAGGCCGGAUGGCGAAAGUAUUAUGCUUGUUUGGUGACAGGUGAGGCCCUACUAAUUGCCAAGCGGCUUGAGAGGCUCUAUCUAUGCGUUGGCGCGAGGGGUUAUUGAGGCCACUUGACGUAGUGGCAGGAGUUUUAGGCCUCUCGGUGACUGUACGACAGAAAACAGGGGAAGGGAGUGACAGGUGAGGCCCUCUCUUUGCAACAUGCGAGGCGGCUAGCUAACGUGUGGCCCGAUGGGUGUUUGCCUCCGAAACGUUUGAGGCGGGGUGUUGGCCUUGCGGGACCACUAACUAAUGGCGACAGCCAAGAUGGGGUAAAUACCUAUUGGGAAUCCUGUGACCCUAUUGCCAGUACUCUAAACUAGGGGAUGAAAUGAAAUGUAUGGUAGAAUACCAUAUGAGCAGGUGUACGUACCUGGUAGUAUGAUAAAUCACAGGAAUAAACCGUGUGGAGCAAUUAUAUAAGCUCGACAGCCUAAAAAUGGGUAAAAGAGAGUAGUACGAUGAGUGUGGGGUGUAAAAGAACCAGACUUAUAGUCUGUAGCAGCAAUGUAUAAAAUUAUGUUGAUACCAUGGGAAUAGCUAUGAGUGGCUCAGAAAUGUUUGCAUGCUUGAAUAAGACAUCUGAGGGAGGCCGUGGCCUAUGUACAAACAAUCUAUGUGUUACGUGAUAAUGGUGUGUAAAGGAAAACAUGAAACGUAGGUUAUAUACAUAUGUAUAUGACUGUGUAGGGGACGUAUGAUUGGUUGGAUCAGUACGUGUGAUUCAACCCGAGUAUGCAUGCAAAAGGAUUUAAGCCUUAUGUGUCAUCGUCAUGACAGAGAAAUGAGGCCUGUAAUGUAGGCUGAGUAAAUUGAAAUGAAAUGGAUAGUUAUAAAACUCCUGGCGUGGGAGUUCAAUGAUCUGUACCGAAAUGUAACUGGUUUUAUAGAAAGGGACAUGGAUGAGGUCAUGGCCUAAUUAACACAGCGUUAUGUAUGAUAUGUAGCAGAAAGACCAAAGGCAGGGAUACCCCAAAAUGAUUUAACAUGAUGUAAAGUGAUGUAUAUCUAUAUGAUAUGUAUGUAUAGCAAAGACGUAUCAACCCGAGAAUUAUUGCUUAAAUGAACCUAUCCUUGUAUAUGUUGUAUAAAUAUCCCAGAAAUGAGGCUUGUAACAUAGGCUGAGUCCAUUCGUAUAAAUGGAUAAGUAAUGCAGACCCCUGAAAGCGUGGGAGUCAAAUAGUAUACACAGAGAAGUGGACUUGAUUUGUGGACGUAAUACAAUACUGACAAUUGUUAAAAGUAAUCAACAAUAAUCUAUUUAAGAAAGCAAUACUUUAACCGAAUGUUAUAUACACAUGAAAUGGUGAAUAUAAUUCAUGAAAGGAUUAUACGUGAACACACAGAACAGCCGAAAGCAAAUGUGAGGGGAACACAGAAGUUAGAAUAGUUUAACCGUAUGAUUUAUGCGAACCAAAGCGUGUAUGAGCGUAUGUAAAAUUUGCCGAACGGCAAAACAACCGAAUGAACAUUCGUUUAAAUAACAUGAAUAGGAUAUGCGAAAUGACUAUUGAACAAUUUAAAACAUGUUCAGCCGAAUGACCGUACGAAUGAAAAGCCCGCGAAUGGCUUGAAACAUUCGUGUCAUAACCAGGGAAAAGCCGUAAAGCGAGGACCCGUGCUGUACCGUACGCCGUGGGAACCAGUCCUGGCGUGACAGGAAGGUCUGACUUACGGUUUAGGAGUCCCUGGGACGCGAUCUACGACGGAGAACGGAGUCAGAAGAAGCUGGACGGGCGGAAAGGCCUGAACAGGAUUCCUGGACACAGCUUAACGUGGUGAAACCUCCUGGAUACUGAAACCAAGAUGGCGUCUGAGAGAACCCGGAAGUGGAUCCUCAUUCAACGCUGACCUCGAACGGUAAGGAGCCAGGCAAGGGGAGUGCCUUAAGUAGGCUAGGGGUAGAAAACCAGCACCUCCCACAAAUGCAGGCAAAUUGCCUUAAUACAUAUAUUGAAAUUAAGUAUGUAUCAUUGACUUUUGGAAGUUUGAAACUGAACUGAAAUAAACUCUGACUUCUGAAGAUCUGGACAAUAUUUAUUGUGUGCAGAUUUUUUGUAGUAUAAGACUCUGGCAUCCAUGGGCGCCUGGCCAAAGCUUCAGAGAUGCACUGAUAUCUUGCAUAUAUGAGAUAUUGCACAUUCGCACUAAUGAAAUGCACAUGACACUUGCAUAGCUAACCCCUUUUUAUAUGAGUAUAAAAACUGGGACUUUUUGGAUUUUUGCCAGAAGCCUCACCUACGAGUGGACAGGUUAGUUACCUUCCCAAUUAAUCUGCAACUCCUGACUGGACUGAAAAUGGGGCUUCCCAGCCAUAAUUGGGUCUGGAUGUAGUUUUGCAAUAAAUUAAUCGAUGAUGUACUUUUUGUAAAAUACAUGUAAUUAUAUAGAUUCAACUGCAUUAUCCUUAAUAACUUGUAAUUAUAUAGAUUAUACUGCAUUAGCCUUUAUAACCUGUAGUUAUAAAGAUAAUACUGUUUUGUCCUUAGUAAAGAAACUUUUAUUAUUUCACCCAUUCAAUUGGUGUUAAAUCCUGCAUCCUUGAACCUUAUAAAAUAAAAACUAUGGGUUAUGCUGCCAGUAUAACCACUACAUGGUGGUUUCACUUUUAACUACGUUGAGAGUUGUUAAUAAUGUUCUAUAUGUAACUUCUAAUAAGAAAAAGGAUAAAUAUUUGUUAUGUGCUUUAGGUUUCAGUAGUCUUAGUACAGAUGGAGGAAGUAAUGCUUCUAAUGGAAUGUACCUAAAGUAAUUCAAAUUGUAAGGGUGUCACAUAAGGGAAGAUGUUGAGAGACACCUUAUUCUUCAUUUUGUUGUAUGCCUAUUGACACAUUUUGAAGUUAUUGUGGUUUAAAAACUGCAACGUUGCUCCUGGCUUGUAAAAGAGGAACUUACCAAAGGAAAAAUCACCUCUUUUAUGAUUGCUGCUUACUUUUCCAAGGUUAUAAUGUAAUUUAGUUGGUAGACGUAAAAGUGUCUUUGCAGGGAUCAAAAUGUUUCAGACUAAGGCCUAGAGGAAACAAUUUAUUCUGGAGAAGGAAUGUUAAGGUGUUAUUUUGAUACUCAUGUGCUACUCUGUACCCUUGUUCCAGAGGGAGGUCAUUUUUAUUUUAUUAGCUUGGUGGUUUGAGUGUAAGCUGUGCAAAGGCAGCUUGCAUUCCUUGGACUAAUAGGGGGUAGAGCUGAAAUUAAUAUGGUCAUGGAGCCUUGGCAUUUAGCCCCUUAAUAGUUACAUUAUCCCCUUCUGAGGAUUUAGAUAAGAGAUAGGCAACCUUCGGCACUCCACAUGUUGUUGACUACAUUCCCUAUAAUGCUCUUACACCCAUAUUGCUGGCAAGGCAUCAUGGGAGAUGUAGUCCAAAACAUCUGGAGUGCCGAAGGUUGCCUAUGCCUGAUGAUGGGUUUGAAUGGGAAGAUUAGUGACAAGCCUAAACGGUUACAUUUACGGAGAAACCCUCAAUUACCUCAUUAUUUCCAAUCGGUCAUUCACAUAGAAUGGGAGAUAAGAGAUUAACAAUCACUCACCUUAAAUUAGUUAUCCUGAUAAAAUUGUUUCAGUAAUUUAAUGUAAAGACUGGCCAAGGAGUCCAUAGUUGAUAUAUAUUUUAAUGUAAUGCAGUGCAUUUCCUUUGAUGAAAGAAGAAUGUAAGGUAGAUAGACAAAACGUUAACAUUUAAUCUACCUGUACAUGGAAUGCAGAACACGGAUGGGGAUAAUAAAUUGUAAUUUGGUUAUAAGUCUGGGCUAAAGGGAAACAUAAUUCUCAACACUCAUGAAAUAAAAAAAAAAAAUUCACAAUGCUUAUAUAAGUAAUAUGUAUUUUUGUACAAUAUGGUAAAUAUAUUUUGCCAAACUUUUAAAGUGAUAGUUAGAAAGUAGAAUAAUGUAUGCAACAGAUUUAACCUCAAUGGAGAGUGGUGAAAAUGUCCAAAAUGCCCCUUUCACUCAACAGCAAAGUCCUGUGACCAAGUUUCAGUUUUUUUUUUUCCCCCCUUACAAUAUCUAUCUAUACCCAUCUUUCAAGUUUUCCCUCUCUAAUCAUAAAUUUUCAAAUUCUCUCUCUCCAAAGCUAAUUUGUUGAACUCUAUUCCUCCCUUAUUUCUAGGAGACAAAAUAUGACUCCUGUUAUGCUGCAAAGAGGUAGUUUGUCCCUGUGAAAACAAAGACUGAUUGUAUACACUACUCUACAGAGACCUAAAGAAUUAACACAUUUCAUUGGUCUAUGUCAAUGUACAGACUUAUCACACACAGUUUACUUAGAUGAGACUCUCUCUGCACGCUUUACUUGUCUCUCAUCUUAUUGUUUUCCCAAUUUCCAUUAUCAGCUGACAUUUUCCCAAUGUUUCUUCUUUGUUUGCAAUAGUUUAUAUGUUUCUAAUCGGGACUGUGCACAUCCUAUUAGGUAAUUAAUCCAAAUAAGAUGCUGGUGCUCCAAGAAUAAGCACUACAUGAUAAAGUUUUGGCAGAUAAGGAGAGCCUUUCUCACGUCUCAACACUGGACUCUCUUUUUGGAUGCAUUGGUAUAGUUUAGUCUAUAUUCCCAAUUUCUAACCACUCCAUUAUCUUAUGCUAUUUGUAACGGACCGUUUUGCCCACAAGAGGUUAAAAACAGUUUAGGCGAUAUUCCCCUUUCAGAUGCACAGACAAUCUCCCGAACUGCAAACUACACGAAUUCUCCAACUCCCGAACAGGAAACACAUGAAUACUGGAAACAGCUGAACAGGAAAAACCAUACUAAAGGUUUACACUCCUGGCAGCCAGCAUACAAUCCAACUCCCCCAAUAAUGAGACGACACUUCGUUUGAGGGUUAAGCAGGAACAGAUUUACUGGGGCUACCUGCCCGGCUUUUAUGCAGGUCUCCCACCUGGUGGACACUCCCCUAGGGCACCAGAUGGGAAACUGGGAAACAUAUUGGACAUUGACCAAUCACAGACAUACACCUUUAAACACUCCCACGAUGCAUCACAAUCCCUCCUCUCUGUCCUGGAGAUAAUUGGGAAGUAAUCCAAUUAUCUCCAAGGACAGAGGCAAAACUCCAUUAGCCACAUGGCAGACAAAGGACAAUAAAAGACAUAAAAUUACAUACGGUUACAUUUAUCACAUAGAACAUACAGAUUCUACCUAUCCCCAGAUAGCUUAGAUCUGAGUGCACAUUAUUACUGGAUGGCGCUCAGAUCACAUACAUACAGUUCAAUCGCCAUGGAGCCAAAGUCUUCCAUACAGUCUUUCAGUAUACGGCUGGGCUCCAUGGCAUAGCUAUCUGGGGUAGCAUGGCUUUAACAGUCCACAGAAAGGCACGAAUACGCUUUUCUGCAGGGAAACGAAAAGGUUUUAACCACUGGGCCAAAGUCUAAAGGGAGCAGGCGAGCAACCAGGCUUCUCCAGUGCACAGUGGCGAGGUUGGUUCCGCCACAUUUCUCCCUUUUACCAAUCAGGCUAACAGGGUAUCGGACCUCCUGUCGGUCAGUGCCCUGGUUAGUCCAGCAACCCUCCCACAGAACACCAUCAGCAGUACAGUCCACCCACAAUAAAGAGUUACUACACCUGGGGUAGUGGGUAACUUGUCCAUGUCCAGGAGCUCCAACUCGGCUCUGGGGGUACUAGUGCUCCUGGUUGGUGGGUUGCUGAGUGGGCAGAGACCAGCGCUACCACGGGAGUAGCCUGGUUGGAGCACAGUUGAGGGAAUGGCGCAGUAGGCUCCUCACUCUGGACCUGGUACUGCUGCUGGAGGGAAAGACAGGCUGUCUCUCUUUUGGAUGAACACCCCUGCUGCCGGGGGACAGGACCGACCAUCCCUAGCCCCUGCGAGGCCUGUGCAGAGACCAUGGUCCCAUCUGCAUGGGUGUGGGGCUUAUCAUCUCCCCUUGGUGGGCUAGGCUGCUGCUGGGGAGAGGGGGUAAUAUGUUUCUCUCCCGUACACACUUUCUGUUGCUGGGAAGAGGGGAUGACAGGCUCCUCUCCCUGACUCCCACUCUGAUGGUUGAGGGAGGAAACGACUGUCUCCCCUUUCAAUAUAUUGUCCUGCUGCUGGGGGGCGAGAUCGACUGCCUCAUCUGCCCCAUCUGGAAGAAUAUGGUCUCCCCUUUGCGAAAUAAGCUGCCGCUGGGGAGAGGUGGUAGUGGGCUCCUCUCCCUGACACUUUCUCUGCUGGAGGAGGGGAGAACCGGCUGUCUUCCCUUUCAAUAUUUUGUCCUGCUGCUGGGGUGCGAGACCGACGGUCUCUGCUCCCUGCAGGACACUCCGCUGCUGGGGAGGAAGGACGGCACCUUCAGCUCCCUGUGACUCACACUGCCACUGGGGAGGAAGGACGACACCUUCGGCUCCCUGUAACUCGCUCUGCCGCUGGGGAGGAAGGAUGGCACCUUCGGCUCCCUGUUACUCACUCUGCGGCUGGGGAGGAAGGACAGUACCUUCAGCUCCCUGUAACUCACUCUGCCGCUGGGGAGGAAGGAUGGCACCUUCGGCUCCCUGUAACUCGCUCUGCCGCUGGGGAGGAAGGAUGACACCUUUGGCUCCCUGUAACUCACACUGCCACUGGGGAGGAAGGACGGUACCUCCGGUUCCCUGUAACUCACUCUGCCGCUGGGGAGGAAGGACGGCACCUUUGGCUCCCUGUAACACACACUGCCGCUGGGGAGGAAGGAUGGCACCUUUGGCUCCCUGUAACUCACUCUGCCGCUGGGGAGGAAGGACGACACCUUUGGCUCCCUGGGGCUCCUUUUUGGCCAAAUCUGCUUUGAACUGCAGGUACUCUGCCACUAUUCUCCUCGUGUUCUGUACGUAUUUCUCCUCUGGAUUGGGUCAGAAGAAAGCCAGCAGUUCUUUCAGCAUAGCGUUGAACUCCUCCUGAGUGUAGCUGGGCGCCAUGCUUGCUCUGCUGAAGUUGGUUCUUUUGUAGAUAGGGGCGCUGUACGGGUAAUAGCGUUGCCCUCAAUUUGUAAUCCAGGAACUGGUGUUACCUUGUAGCUGUCCUUCUGGGCUGUGGGAAUGAUCCCGUCGCUUGCCAUGAAUUGUAACGGACCGUUUUGCCCACAAGAGGUUAAAAACCGUUUAGGCGAUAUUCCCCUUUCAGAUGCACAGACAGCUACUGCAAUCACCAAUCUCCCGAACAGGAAACACACGAAUACUGGAAACAGCUGAACAGGAAAAACCAUCCGAAAGGUUUACACUCCUGGCAGUCAGCAUACAAUCCAAUUCCCCCAAUAACGAGACGACACUUCGUUUGAGGGUUAAGCAGGAACAGAUUUACUGUGGCUGCCUGCCUGGCUUUUAUGCAGGUCUCCCACCUGGUGGACACUCCCCUAGGGGACCAGAUGAGAAACUGGGAAACAUAUUGGGCAUUGACCAAUCACAGACAUACACCUUUAAACACUCCCACAAUGCAUCACAAUCCCUCCUCUCUGUCCUGGAGAUAAUUGGGAAGUAAUCCAAUUAUCUCCAAGGACAGAGGCAAAACUCCAUUAGCCACAUGGCAGACAAAGGACAAUAAAAGACAUACAAUUACAUACGGUUACAUUUAUCACACAGAUAGCUUAGAUCUGAGUGCACAUUAUUACCGGAUGGCGCUCAGAUCACAUGCAUACAGUUCAAUCGCCAUGGAGCCAAAGUCUUCCAUACAGUCUUUCAGUAUACGGCUCGGAUCCAUGGCAUAGCUAUCUGGGGUAUCAUGGCUUUAACAGUCUGCAGAAAGGCACGGAUUCGCUUUUCUGCAGGGAAAAGAAAAGGUUUUAACCACCGGGCAAUAGUCUAAAGGGAGCAGGCGAGCAACCAGUCUUCUCCAGUGCACAGUGGCGAGGUUGGUUCCGCCACACUAUUAAUUUGUCUCUAUUUUCCCCAUUCUUCUACAAUUUUUUGUCUUUUAUUUUUUUAUUUAUCUUACCUAUACUGCAGCCUUCUAUUUAUCUAUAAAAUCUCCCAAUUUAUCUCUAAAAAAAAAACUUUUUAGAAAUACCUGUAUCGUUUAGCCACGCAGAUACAGAAAUCUGUCACAUGCUCCAUUAUGCUUACUACUGUACUUGGACAGAUACAAGUAAUCUUUCUAUUUCAACAAUUCAGCCUAAAUGUAAAGGAAUGCUCUGGACACCAAAUUUACCUCCUGUGUAUGAUGUAGUUAUGGUGCCAGGAGUCUCCCAGGGCUUUCUUGCCUUCAAUUGUUUAACUGUUUGUAAAAGGCUUAACACUGAAUUGGGGUCCAGAUUCCUUUACAGCAGUGCUCUGAAAAUGGGGAAUCCAACAAAGAAUAAUGCUUCAUAAAUGUAUGUAUGUCUCUUAGCAUCACUGAAAAAUAAAUAAGUUAAAACCCAAACUUUUACAGUAAACUGCUAGCAUUAGCUUCUUCAUUCUGCUGUCUCGAUGCUCAGUGUGUAAUUUAUUCCUGAUACUGGUAGCUAGUCACUUCUGCUAUUAGUAAAUAUAAUUGUGUGUAUUUAAAGACCGCGAGUGUUCUAAGGAAGUGGUCCUAAAUGCCGCAGGUCAGCAUAGAACGUUCCUGUCUUUCUUAUUACUAACCCGGUCCGCACCGAUCCCCGCCGGCUGUUGCGAUCCUAGGGACUGCCUGAGAACCCAAACAGUCCCUCUGCAGCUGAUCAGGUCCUCCCUGACAACCCAGGCAGAAAGUCUAGAGAAUUUAAUUUGUAAGCCCUAUAUUUAACCCUGUAACUUUCCAAGACACCAUAAAACCUGUACAUGGCAGGUACUGUUAUACUUGAGAUACUUUGUGUAUCACAAUGAUGAUAUCGUCAUUUGUUUUGCAGUUCUCACACACAAUCAGCCCUUUCACUGACGAUAUCGUUGUGAUGCGUUUUACUGUAUUUGUGUUCAGGGAUGUCUCCCGAGCAUAACAGUGUUCCCCAUGUACAGGUUUUAUGAUAUCUUGCAAAGUAACAAGGUUAAAUAUAAGCUUACCCAUUUUAGUUUUUCCACAUUGAAAUUUGUCAGAUUGGUUAUGUUGCCUUUGAGACUGUAUGGUAGAUGAGGAAUGAGAAUUAUCCUCAUGAUGGCAUGCUAUUUGCAAAAGCGGACAACCCAAGGUAUUGCAAAUGGGGUAUGUUUAGUCUUUUUUAGUAACCACUUUAGUAAGUCACAAACAGUGGCCAAAUUUAGCAUUCAUAUUUGUUUUUUUGUAUUUUUCACAAACAAGCAAAUAUAAACGCUAACUUUGGCCAGUGUUUGAGACUAAGUGGCUACUAAAUGACUGGACAUACCCCAUUUGCAAUACCUUGGUUUGUCUACUUUUGCAAAUGGUAUGUCAUCAUGGUGGUAAUUUUCAUUCCUGAGCUACCAUACUGUCUAAAAGGCAACAUAACCAACCUGGCAAACUUCGACGUGUUGUUUUUUUUUUUUUGCCUUUUUUUUGUAAUUCUUUAUUUAUAGCAAGCAGGGAAUUACAAACAUGGCCACGGCAGCACAAACAAGAAUACAUAUUAUAGAUUUUCAUGGCUGUUUUAAACCAGACUGCACAUUAUAUAGUUAAGGUAGACAAGUUAGACUAAGCAUUUUUCAUUUUUAAAUGAUUCACAUGCUGAUGCUGAGUAUGUCAGUUUAUGUUAAGUCGUACAUUAGUUGUGUCAUAUUAACAGGAUGCGUGGUGUAUGCCUAGUCAAAAUAUGCACUUUAUGCGAUAAAAGAACAAAACUAAAUAUUAUCAUGCUUUUAACAAUUUAGUAGAUGGCUGGUAACUAUGGACAGACUGAAUAGAAUAAGUACUCUGGCUUAGAAGGUGACCUGUGAGCAAGCUGAGACAAAAUAUACCACCUAGUAGAACAGAUCACCAAGGUGAUAAUGGUACAGAGUCCCCAGGAGUGAGAUUGCUGGAGGCAAUACUGUCUCGGUAUUUAGGAGUCCCACUAGAGAUGAGUGAGGGAUAGCCCCUUCAGCCUCUGCUGCAGAGUUGUUGUGUAUGGGUGUCAGGUCCGCUGCCAGUCGCUAAGGCGCUGGGUGAGUUCUCCGUUGUUUUCUUGCCGCGGCUUAUUUGUCUCUCCUCCUGUCGGUGAGCGUCUUGGUGCAGCAGUGGUUGCGGGUAGGCGAUGCAUCUGUAGGUCAUCAUGUUACUCUGCCCAAUGGGGGGGAGGAGGCACCAGGACACCGUGGGAGACCUCCGGGAGUCCAGCCGUAGCGGGUGUGUUUCCUUGAAGAAACGUGUGCAAUCUGGCUUCACAUGAUGACUGCAGGUCAACAGAAAUGGCUGCCAUCUUGUGUACUCCCCGAGGGUUUGUUGUCAGACUGUGUGCCGCCAUUUUUGGUGAGCGGGGUGCCAUCGCCUCCCCCCGCGCCCGCCCAACGGGGCUCACGUACUGACACUCGGGCCUGCAGAAAUACCAUGGUGGGGGGGAGGUUCUGCGUCUGCAGGAUUUCGGGACUGGAGGACCGGCCGCAUCCCCAGCCCUGCAUCAACCGCUAGGCCGCAUGUCGGACCUGCCAUGGCUAGCGCCUCCGGGGUGCUCGCAGUGCCCCUGUCUCAUCUCUGAUGCUCUGUGGUGUGGGUGGGUGUAGGACCCGUUUAACUUGGCUGGGUUAUGACCAGGGAAGCUCUAAGUCCGCCAUUUGGUGAGAGCUCUGGGUGCCUGUGACUUCUCCGCAUGGCGGUCAAGCUCCGCCCCCUAAGCUGAAAAAUUUUACGUGCUCUAUUUGACCCUGUAACUUUCCAAAACACCACAAAACCUGUAGAUGAGGGCUACUGUUGUACUCGUGUGACAUCGCUGAACAUAAAUAUGAGUAUUUUGUUGCAGUAAAAGUUAACAGUGUUGUGACAUUCAAAGUAAAAAUGCCAUGCAGAACUAAAAAAACAACAAAAAUAAAUCUUAAUUUCUCACACUUGUUUUAGAAUAUAUUCAUAAUACAUUAUGCUUCAUAGUAAAUAUUUCAUAUGAAAAAUAAGUCUUGUUUCCCCUGAACAAAAUGAUAUAUAGUAAUAUGGAUGCACUUAACAUGAAGGAGGUGAAUUAUGGUUAAACAGACAUAUAGCGUAAAUUCUAGGUCUUGUUUAUGUUUUGUUUUGAUCAGAACGUGUACCAUUGCCUCCGUCCUUAAGGGGUCAAUUAGGUAUCAUCACUAUUAUUAUAUCAUAUAUUCAGAUCACAUGACCGAUGUGAACCUUCUGUUACAUGUUUUACAAGGAUUUAAAGAGAUUAGUAAAUAUAACAGGUAUUUAACAAAAUCUUUUGCUUUAUAUGACAAUAUUAUGUAAAAAUGUUAUUGGUUGUAAACCAGAGGGAAGGCUGCAAAUCAUCUGAAAAAAAUAAGAUGUGGAUAUUUGCAGAUAUAAACCUGCAGUUUUACAGCAAUAGGUCAUGGCAUGAGGGAUUAAAGGAGAUUAAAGUGUGCUGUAUGUGAUUCCUAUUUAUCGGUUACAUUUACCUACUCAGUGUCUUCUUUAUUCCAGGAAUUUAGACACAAUGCAUAAUGAUAAAGUACGGAGAUUUAUGCAAUGUGUUUCUCAAUAGUUGCCAUCAGCAACAUAUUUUUUCCCCACCGAGUAAACUAGCAUACAUUUUUUUUAAUUUAGUGAAAUGGUUGUCUAUCAAAUUUCAAAUGCUCCUUUAAUGACACUGUUACUGAUGUCUCCCAUGACCCAGUUAAAUGUAAUCCAGGUUGAGACAAUAGAUGGUAAUAUCAAACGCAUACAUCAUAAAUGUAAUGUGAUCUGAUCAAAUUGGAGUUUGGUUUGGUCAUUCUGAAUGUUAAAUUUAGUGAAUUAAAGCUGAAUUUAAGUCUUCAAUUUACAUUGGGUGAGCAAUUGCUCACAUUUUGCGAUUGUGUUUGUACAUAUAUGCUUUAGCUAAGUCUUAUAUUAUCCCAUAAUGUUUUACCUUGUUUUACCUUUAGCAAUUAUGGUUUUUCAGCCUUGGCUCCAGGCUGGACCUAAAUUACAUCUCUAAUAAUUAUGCCUUGUCAAAGUAUCUAGGUUAGUAUAGAGACUGUAUCAUAACUCUGUCAUCCUGCCCUACUAAUCUCAGACAGUGAGUUUAUAUUAAAGGGUCAAUCCAAGCAUAAAAAACACUUCAUCUUAAUGAAGUAGUUUUGGUGUGUAUCAUAUCACUGCAGUCUCAUUACUGAAUUAUCUGCCAUUUAGGUGUGAAACCACUCUAUUUCUCCAGUCCUACACACCCUGUGUCUGGGACUCACACAACCUACAUUUACUCAGUACACAACCUUUGUUUAGAUUGUCAGCAAGCACUGCCAGCAGCAUGCUGUAUGAGAUUAAACUUCUCACAGAAAACGUCAGAGGAAGAACAAAAUUGUAAGAGAAACACAUUUCGGGACCCAUUACAGCACAAUAUGAGUAUUUUAUUUAAAAAAAAACUAUUUUAUAAAACAGCAUUUAAUUAUUUAAAAGGUUACUACAAGCACUACUUUAAUGUUUUGAAGUUGUAAUGUGAUUGGAGUCUGUAUAUGCAGAGUUUACUUACUUUUAUCCAACUGACCAUUUAUCACUUUUUUUGGGAGCUAGUGUUUUGUAGUUAACAACAGACCAGUAUUGAAUGCUAUUAUCACUGUGUCAGCUUAGCAUUUGCAACCCUGUCAAGCAAUUAAACAUAUUACUUGUGAUUUCAGCCUGACGGUCCAUCUGUCUAUAUUUAGAUGUAUUUAUCUAUAGCGCUAGAUCGGUUUGUCUCUGUGUGUAUAUAUCUUUUAAUGCUAGCCUAAAGGGAAACGGUAAUAUCUGUGGCCAUGUUGCCAGCUUUGAGUCAUUGUGACAAUGCACUGUCUUUGGUAUUGAUGUAGAGAUUAGAGCAGAUAUCAAAUCAGCUUGGAGAGAGAAAGAGAGAGAGAGACAGAAAAGCGAGAGAUUAACUGUUUGAAAUAAUUUAGAAAAUGAGAACGAAGGGUAAACAAUAUCUCAUUAACCAGUAGUUACUGGAGAGCUUAGUCAGGGGAGCAGAUAACAGUAAGGGGAGGCUGCUUUGAUUUCCAGAAUAAACAAAUCCUCUGAUGCUGGUGAUAGCAAGAACUUGACAUGAGGUGGUUCGAUACUUUGCUUUAGUAACUACCCUCUAAAUACCCCAUGUAACUUCCCUGCACGGUCACAAAACUAGCAAGGGGUUCUAAAUUCUUUAUUUGGUUUAUAAUUAAAAGGCCAGCUUCAAAUCAUUGUUAAAAGGAUUCUGUCUUUUAUAAGAUGAGAGUUAUAAUAUAAAUCUGUGUAUUACUUAGUUAUAUUUUUAACUAGCCAUAUUAUCACAUAUUGUAACAACAGGAUUUGCUUUAAGAACAGAUUGGUGUUUCAUGUGCACAAUAGAUGUCCAUGCAGCUGCAUCCAUGGUAAGAAUUUGACCAGAUAAAGAGUGAAAUUUUAUACAUUUAUUUAGUUUACAUUAUCUGUAAAUAUUACAGCUGUCUGACCACUCUCUACCGAUUCCCAUGGCUAUGAGAUGGGUUUAAAUAAUUGCUAAUAAUGCAUGUAAAUGCUAACCAUACUAAGAGGCAUCAGGUCUCACUGCAUGAGCUACGCCACUUCAAUUAACUCUUUCUGUACUGCCACAGUUAGCAGUGUAAUGCAUUUUCCCUGUCAGGUCUUUUGGAACUUGAGGAGCUUUUUUUUUUUUUUUUUUUUUUUAAUUCUUUAUUUUUGUUGUGCACAAUAGUAACAAGUAGCCCUGGUGCGCCACAACAGCGGCAUCAGGAUAGGUUGGAAAACAUUUGCUAUACAGGUUGUGACAUAUGCUAGUCAGGCACAAAUUUUAGGUUAUUAGAAUUAUCAAUUCAAGAGUGUAGUUCUCGCUUUUGCUAUUAUAAAACAUCAUUAAAACAAUAUUGAGGCAUCGCUUGGAACAGUGCAAUAGAUGUUGUUUUAAGAUACUAAUUCGUAGCUCAAGCUAUUUCGUUUAGACUAUUUUGCUGCUGGGUAUGUGAUAACAUGCUAAUCUACUGCAUCUUAACUACAUGUGGACAUAGAAGUGACUAUCUGUCCCUAAGCUAAACAAAAAAUAAAUAAAUAAAUAACUAGGUAGUCUGUGGCAUACUUCACGACAUCUCUGUGUACCUAGGCUAUAAGUUUGCCAGCAUUGUCCGCUUAAACACUUAGUCCAUGCAGUGCUAGUUAUAUUUACUAGUCGUGGGUAGUCCAUAUGUUGAUGGUUGUUGCCGGCUGUGAAUGUGCCCUCCAGAUGCAAGUGUGCCAUGAUUACUUGAGAGGCACAGAGGCAGGCUCAUCAUCCGAUGCCCAAUGCAUGAACGUGUCUCUUGCUGUCAACGUUGGUCUCCUUGAAGGCGUCCGCACGCCGCGGUCCAGCUCCAGUGGUGUUCAGUGGGGUGUUCAGCCAUGCAGCUCCCCGGUUUGCAGCUGUGACUUGGAGGCAUGGAGGUGAGCUUUGCUGGACGCCGGUUCCCGUCGCUGGUGAAUAGCUUAUGUGGGAGGCUGCUUUGGUAGUCUCGUUCUUGUGAAUGUGGGGACCUGUGUGCUUUCUCCUGCUGCUUGGUGGUGUUUUGCCCCUUUGGGCUCGUCGGGAUUUGCAGGGUCUGGCUGCCGUUCUGGUUGCUUGUGGUGGAUGCCUAUAAUGGCGCCGCCGGGUCACUGGACGCAUCCAUGUGGCCACUAGUUUCACCGCCAGACGGUAAGUCAUUCCACGGUCGCUCAGCAAGGUCCAGAGGCUCGCACAGAAUCGGUCGAAUUCCCCCAGGGGGUUCGAGGUUGGUUGAGUGUGUAUGCUUGGUUUGUGGGGCCCUCGCUGGACGGCCAUCUUAGCUGUUUCCCAGUGACCCAAUGCGUGCUCGUGCUGUUCUGGCUGUGUAGGACAGACACUUCUAUAGUCGGUUCGCUGUGUUCCAGGCUUUAGUUGCCGGGAUAUCCCUCUCCGGCGGGGGGGGGGGAGGAAAUAUGCCGGGGAGACCUCCAGAUAAGUGGUUGUCUGUAGGCUUUCUCUGGUAGGCCUCAGGUCGAUCCCCAGUUAGGAGCCUCCGAUUUUGGUCGGGAUGCUUGUUGCUUGGUUCUGCAGUGUUAGGGCUCCCUUCUCCAGGUCGCCUAGUUGUCAAUUUGGUGAGUUUGUGCCCUGAUUCUGGCAGUUUGAGAGAGCUUUUGCACGGAGCUCAUCUCCAGUGCGACCGCUCAGCAUGGCAGCUUAGCUCCGCCCCCCGAGGAGCUUUAUUUUAUACAGAAAAUUGUUUUUUUUAAUGGGAAAGGGGGGUUUAACAAGUUUUAUGUACAAAAUUAAGAAGACAUACAUCAAUAUGUAUGUACAAAACAUUUUUACAGCUUUUUAAAGAGUAUUCAGGCUCCUCUCACUAAUGCAUUUUAACAUUCAGGGUAUAUCUAAAACAGCUUGGAAAGCUGCAAAUCUCUUAUGUGCAGUCAUUCUCUUCUUCCCCAGCCAAGACGUUCUGUAGCUGUCCAAUCACAGACUUCCCAAUGCAGAACUAUGCAAGGUUUUUGCAAGGCAGAUACUCUAAGCAAUUGUUGAAUCCACUGAGCUUAACAACCAGGAAGUAACUGGACAGGUUAUCUGAUUGACAGCCAGGAGGUGUAAUAAGGUUAAUUUAUAAAAGUGUCAAUUACUAUUGAAAUCUGCACUUUUUGUAAAAUGAAAAAGAGGACACACUCUUCACACAUAAAGCAUUUCAGCAAGCUAAUAGUGCUUUAGGGGUCUAACGUGUCCCUUUAACUCAUCUUUGCCUUUUCAGCAUAAACAACUGUCUAACCUUCACUGCACUUCAGUGUUGUGGCGCCCUCAGGUGCAUGCAUCUGACAGAGAAAUGCUUUUACGUGCAAUUUAUCCAGCACUGCCUUAUGUACUCAUACAAUGGGCAAAACCUAGCAUUUCUGUAGAAUCCAUUGAAUUGCUGUUUUGUCUAAACUUUUUGUAUCUAGAAAAUAGAAAAUCAAAGGCUAUGAAGGGGUUAAUCAGAAAGCAUUCAUUUAGUUUUCACAAUUUUUUCAAGUAUAAUUAGAGACUUUUUUUUUAUGAACAAAAUGCAACAAGCACAAUUGAAUGUAAUCCUACAUUUUCUAUUCAAAUUCGCAAAAUGAUUUCACCUGUUUUCAAAGAAUGAUACACCAAAAGAGAGUCCAUUGCAGACACGUGUAGCCUCUGCAUAUUUUCUGUAAACAUUGUGGAAAUGUACAGUUCUCCCAAAGAAUACAUUGGAAGUGACAUUUGAAGAAAUAUAACUUAUAAGUGGCAGCUUCUGGGGGUUAGCACAGAUAUAUGGGUAUUCGUGUUUGUAUUGAGUUAUUUUUACAAGUUUUAUUGUAUUGUAUUUCAUUUUUUUCCAGCUUUUUUAUUUUUAACUUAAAAGGUGCUGCAUUUAAAGCAAAGCUGUAAUAAAAUUCUAGAGUGUCUAUAUAUAAGGGUCUCAUUUAUUGAUCAAUGGAAAACAAGCACUUCUGCGGUAAAGUGUUAAUAACGAAACCAACAGAAUAUCUCUCUCUGCAUUUAGCUUUUUGUAUCCUAAGUAGAACCUGUUUUGCCAAGAUAAAUGUUCCCCCUUUGUAUGUUACUUUGUAUCUGAUCACAUUUCAAACUAAUACUCAUUAAAUAUAACAUUUAUUUUUUUAAAUUCUUUAUUUAAAGGUACACUUGAGUUACCAACACAACUUAGCUUAAUGAAGUAGUUUUUUAUGUAUAGAUUUACUGACACUUAGGAGUUAAAUCACUUUUGUUUCUGUUUAUACAGCCCUAGCCACACCUCCCCCAGCUGUGACUGACACAGCCUGCAUGAAAAAAAAAUGGUUUCAUUUUCAAUCAGAUGUAACCUACUUUACAAGUUUUUAUCUCCUGCUCUGUAAAUUGAACUUUAAUUAUUUACAUGAGUCUCCUGCAGGGUCUAGCAGGCUAUUAGCAGAGCUGGAGAUAAGAAAUUUUUAAUUAAAUAGAAUUUGCAAAAAAGGAAAUGUAAACAUUACAUGAUUCUUUACAGGAAGCAUUUACAAAGGUGUGACUAGGGCUGCACAAACACAGUGAUUUAACUCCUAAAUAAAAGAGGAUUGAGCAGUGAAACUUCAUUAACAGUUAUGUUGGUGACUGUAACGGAAUUUCCCGUACUCCGACCGAGUACCUUCCGUUGAUGGACACUUCCUAACUUGCGCCGAGGACCACAAGAACCGCACCUGGACACCACAACCACCGCAGACUCCACAACCGCCGUAGCUUAACUGGAGUCUCACCAUCUUCUGUCCACCCUGGAUCAGCUUCUGUCCUCCAGGACCGUGUGGGGAAGACCUCUCCUCCAGGAGAGCGUAUCAGGAACAAGCUCUUAAAAGCUAAGUGAUUAAAGCUCAGGGGAGUAUGCAGAGCAUAGCAAUCCCCAGUGUGAGUUUAGCUGUCCCCUCCAAUCACCAGACAAGACUACGUGUUGAGGUUCAAGAAGAACUGACUCCAAUGAGCAUUUAUUCCUGCUUAUAUACAACUUUCCCAGCAAGGUUACCACCCAUGUGGACCUUGUGGGGCACUGGAACUGUAAAUUUAACAAUCAAUAAAAUAAAGGUACAUGGAUAAGCACACCCACUUUUUACAAUGAGAAUCUUCCCCUCUGCUUGGGAGAUAAUUUAGUUAAUUACUGUAUCAACUCAAUUAUCCCCAAGCUAAAAAAACAUACUUUUAUGCCAUUUUUGUAACUUUGUGAGUUUCCAUGCAAUAUCAAUAACACUUAUAUUUUUAUAACCAGCAUAAUUUGGGGACAAGCAUAUCCAAAAUUCACUUGAAUCGGUUAAGUGGUUCAGGAGAUAGGUGGAAGUCAUAUUUUGACCGAGGAGGGACAAAGCAGCUAGACAACGCCCUGCUGGAGAACAAUGGGAAAGGGGGAGCGGAAGAGGCACACCUUCACAUGAAUUCAAAGGGGCAGAAAAAGUGUCCCAAAAGUUUCAAUAUGUCCAUACACUGUUUUUAAAGGGCCACACACCCCUGGGCCAUAGUCGCAAGGCAGGAGGCUGGCAAGCAGGCCUCUCCAGGACCAAGUGGCGAAGGGCACUUCGUCACAGUGACUAUAGUGUCCCUCUUCACAAAUAGCCAUAUAGAAGCUAGUAUAUAGGUGUGUAUUAUUCAGUCACAUAAUACAAUGUGUGAACUUGCAGUUUUGACAUUUUUAAAAGGAUUGUUCAAUAUCUUCAAUACCUCCAAGAAAAAGUAAAAAGGGAGGUGGCAAGGAGAGGUAAGAAGGGAGGGACUCUGCUUACUCACUAUUAACAUUAGAUAACUCUUCCAAUAAUGCCCACAAGUAUUGAAAGGAGGGUCUUGAGUUUCUGACUUGGGCUGUUAGUUUGUCCAUUAGGUAAUUAUCUUUCAUUUUAUAUUUCACACAUUCAGCUGCAGGUGCCUUAUCCUUUAACCAAUGUUGUUCAAGAGAUAUCUAAGGGUGGCCUUGUCUGCUCUCCCUUACCAGUCAAUUGUUUGGCAUACAGACAAUGCUGAAUAAUUGAUUAAUGGGUGAGAGAAAUACAAUUUGAUAAUAGGUUUUUCUCCCAAGCUAUACCUUUCCUAGCAAAACUGCUAGCACAAUGUAUAGAUGAAAGUAGUUUUGGUCGUGACAGGUGCCCUUUAACCCCUUAAGGACCAAUCUUCUGGAAUAAAAGGGAAUCAUGACAUAUCACACAUGUCAUGUGUCCUUAAGGGGUUAAUGGUAUUUCUCUCACCCAUUAAUCAAUUAUUCAGCAUUGUCUGUAUGCCAAAUAAUUGACUGGUAAGGGAGAGCAGACAAGGCCACCCUUAGAAAUCUCUUGAACAACAUUGGUUAAAGGAUAAGGCACCUGCAGCGGAAUGUGUGCUUUAUAAAAUGAAAGUUAAUUACCUAAUGGACAAACUAUUACCCCAAAUUAAUGGGUGAGAGAAAUACCAUUUGUAAAUAGGUUUUUCUCCCAAGCUAUACCUUUCCUAGAAAAACUGCUAGCACAAUGUAUAGAUGAAAGUAGUUUUGGUCAUGACAGGUGCCCUUUAAGUUAAUUAAAUUUAGUUUAGUUAAUUUUCUUAGACCCACUAAGAGAAAGAAAGCAUGAGGCUAACUGUUUGGCAUGAGGCUAACUGUUUGGGUCUCUGGAUGCAUUGAACAUAGUUAUAAUUGUAUCUCUGCGGUAGCAUUGUGAUGUCUUCUUUGUGCAACAGUGAAAUUCAGUAAAUUUUGCACAGAAAUUUCUUUUUUGUUCUUGGUAACACAGCCUUUAGUGUGCCCCUCCUCCACCUGAAGGGAAGUUGAUAUGGCAUGCCUGCUUGUGUAUGUAGGCCCUAGUUGCUUCAAGAAAUGUUGUAUCUGUCUGAAUCCCCAUGCAAACAAGCCAAGCGGAAUAUUGGAAGAUGACAUGCUUUACCAUAAUAAGAUAGACCAUUAGUACAAUUGUGUUUCGGCUCCAGUGAUUUUGCUGCAAGAUGAGAAUGACCUUAUUAUUAAUACAGUUGAUUUCUAGCUACAGAAAAGUAAAUAGCAUCGAAGUGGAGAUAGAAAGGAGAUCGUAUAAUAGCAAACCUUCACGUUGUCACAAAAAGAUCUCUUAGCUUCCAGCCCUGCAACCUUUCAGCCUUUCCAAGCAUUAAAUGGGAUACAGUUUUUUGGCCCUGUAAUAUAAAUACAAUGUAUUAACCUACCAAUCAGGGGGGGCUCACAUAUGGUUAUUUUAACCCCUUCAGAAAAAACACAGUGCUGGAACUGACAUGCUUAACCCCUUAAGGACACAUGAGAUGUGUGACAUGUCAUGAUUCCCUUUUUUUUCCAGAAGUUUGGUCCUUAAGGGGUUAAAGGGAACCUCCAAGCACCCAGACCACUUCUGCCCAUUUGAGUGGUCAGGAUGCCAACUCCCACCACCCUUAACUCUGCAAGUGUAAUUAUUGCAGUUUUUAUAAACUGCAAUAAUUACCUUGCAGGGUUAAGUCCUCCUCUAGUGGCUGUCUAUCAGUGGUUGGGGUGGGGCUGGAAGGGAGAGGGGCACUGCAGGAUUCUGCAGUGCUAGGAAAACGGAUAUGUUUUCUUGGUAUUGCACAGUCCCUUUAACCUUUGUCCUAGAGGGGAUAAAGACAGCAUGUAAAAUUAGUAAGCAGAUAAACACCAGUUUUUGCAAAACCAGAUUUGAAGGCACAUACCCCAUAUGAACUAUCCUCUGUUAUUCCUACAAUUCAUAUUAGCUGUAUGUCAAGCAGGUCUGUAUUGACUUACAGGUUUAAAUGAGAAGAGAACUACAGUACACUGACAGUUACAUACUUAUUUCUACUAUUUUGUAUAUUGCAUUACUGACUGUUUCAAUACUAUGUUGUGUCGAUACAAAAGGUUAUGGUAAAUGAAAAAAAAAAAUAGAUCACAGCAUGCAAAUUGGAAAUAUUCCCAUGCAACAGGCUAUACAUGAUCAAGUUCUUCUUCAAUUCUAAAAUAUUCACUGUUUAAGGAAUAAACCCUUCACAUAAUAAUUGCAAUUACUACACUUUAGUAAACAGCAGCAAAUGGUAAUUUUGAGAAAGGCGCAGAAUUUAUUUACAAACUGCUCUAAAAGGUAAAUGACAGUAAACGUUGCAUGUCUGAAUGCCUAUUUAUACAGCAGGCAGGAGAGAUGUGAUAAACAAGGCAAAUCCCAUUUCAAUUUCUAACUUAACAAUGCAUUAACCUCUCCACGAUUUGACGUGACCCAAAGCGGCUAAAUGAACAUAAUGUAAUCUGCUGGUAAAGUCGUCAAGGUAGAGCUGCAGUGGUUUUUAUUUGAUGUGACAGAGUAAAAUAAGAAAAGGAGAGUAUAAACUCAACAAUAUGCAGAAAAAGAGGAAAAUAUCCAAAAUAUAUAAGUUCUAAUUUGAUUUCAGCCAAAACAUAUGUUUGAUUGAAAUGCUCUUCUUUGCCAGAUAUGUCACACAUAUCCAAAAUCUUCACCCAAAAAGUUAUCAAGUCAGGAGUAUAUUUUCAACGCAAAGAAGCAAAAUUUAAUACUGCACAGUUACUGGGGUUUUCAUUAAAAUUCAGUUCCUGGCAAAAACCUUUGGAGGUGGUCUUGCUCUCCUUGACUAUCUGUUUUUCAUAUUCUUAUUAAAGGACCACUAUAGGCACCCAGACCAUUUCAGCUUAAUGAAGUGGUCUGGGUGCCAGGUCCAGCUAGGAUUAACCCUUUAUUCUAUAAACAUAGCAUUUUUAGAGAAACUACUAUGUUUUAGAAUAGGGUUAAUCCAGCCUCUAGUGCUUCCGCGCUUCUCACUGUGAUUUUCCCAGUGAGAAGACGCCAGCGUCCAGCGGGAAAGCAUUGAGAAUACUUUCCUAUGGACUGGCUGAAUGCACACGCGGCUUGUGCCCCACAUGCGCAUUCAGCCGAUGACGACAAGAAGGAGGAGGAGAGUCCCCUGCCCGGCGCUGGAGAAAGAGGUAAAUUUAACCCCUUCCACCCCCUAGAUCCCAGCGGGAGGGGGGCCCUGAGGGUGGGGGGGACCUAGAGACCCUAUAGAACCAGAAUAACGAUUAUGUUUUCUGGCACUAUAGUGGUCCUUUAAGCCUAUCUAAGUGUCCUAUUGUUGAAACUACUCCUAGGUGAUCACCAGACCUCGACUGCCAUGGACUUAAAGUUCUAUCCAGACCUUACCACACACCAAGUACUUGUAAACACUCAAUGAGAGACCAUUCUUUCUUAUGUUUCCAAUGUUUAUUAAGCAGAACAAAGCUUAUAUAGGAACAAAAUAAGGGGAUUUGUAGGGAGGUAUAAAUAAUUACCAACCAAAUAUUGACAACUAUUAACUAACAGCAUGAACAAGCUUGUGCAAAUAGCAUGGUAAAGACGUUAAACAAAUCACUGAUCCUAAGUUUAUCUAGGGGGCAUUACUAGGUGGAGUGUUUUUAGAAUAAGAGGGCAUAAGGACAGGGUCUUCCUAAGAGAGGGGGAACAAAGACUGUAGUGUGAAAAACUAGGCUAUGUGAUGUCCUUGAAAUGUACUUUGUUAGUCUUAUGAUUCAUAUGAACAGAAAUUAACCCCUUCAACCCCUCCUUUUAUUUAGAAAAAAUAACUAGACAUAAGCAUACUAACCAUAAAUCAUUAGGAGUUGGUAAGUGGGAAUAGGGUCAUCAGGAUACGACCAAUGAAGUUCAACGCAUUUAGGAAGUGUGAGUGUGGUUGAGAAAAAGCAACAGAAGAGUUGGAAUUCCCACUAGACAGAUAGCCAACAUUUCAUUGGCUGAAACACCCCCUGAAAACAAACAUUAUUUACAUUAAACAGUUGUUAUGCUUAAUUUACCCAGAAAUUUCUGUCAGACCCUUAAAGGGUAGAAAAUGGGGCAGGAAAAUGUAUUCUGUUCCUGACCAUCAGAAUGCUGGCAUAGUAUGCAACAACUGCCCAGAUAAGAACUGCUUAAAAUCUGAGAAAUAAGCAUAUGUACAGACAAGUAAGCAUGUGUACAGACUCCAUUUCAUAUAAUGUUUUUGGAGAUUGGGUAAUUCACAAGUUCCCUUCUGGUAAAUCUCAGCUUUCCAUCGCUGGUAGGUGGUCAGGGAUUAUUAUGCCUAUCAAAAUAUCUACUUGCUGUUCCUUUUGGAAAGGUAACUUGAGUCUUUGUCCCUUUCCGACUGUCCUUCAACUUUGGUCUUUCAACUAUAGUAUACUAUCAGCAAUUUUACCAUCUUUUACCAACAGUAUAAUUCUUAUAGAAGAUAAUGAGAUCUGUAUAAUGAACACUUUAGUUAAUGGCUUAACACAAAUUCUACAGGUAUUUUACAAUAGAAUAGAUUUUGAUUAACAUCUGAAUUUCAACAAAUGAAUAUAGAAACAAUUACAUAAUUUAUAGUUAAAGAAUUAUUGCAUAUUUUCAAUCUUAGCUGCAGACACAUAUUUAAAAUAUACAGAGUCUAUAAACUUAAUAAACUUUAGCUUCAUGAAGCAGUUUUGGUGUAUAGAUCAUGCAACUGCGGUCUCAAUGCUGAAUUCUCUGCCUUUUAGGAAUUAAAUCACUUUGUUUAUGCAGCCCUAGUCACACCUCCCUAUAUGUGACUUACACAGCCUUUAUAAACAUGUUCUAUAAAGAGUCAUCUAAUGUUUACACUUCCUUUGUUGCAAUUUUGUUUACUUUAGAAUUUUGUAUCUUUUACUCUUACUAGCUUGCUAGAUCUUGCAGGAGCCUCUUGUAUGUAGUUAAAGUUCCAUUUACAGAGCUCCAUUUUUAUGCAGACUGUGUCAGUCACAGCCAGUGGAGAUGUGGCUAGGAUUGCAUAAACAGAAACGAGAGUGAUUUAGUGAUUUAACUCCUAAAUAACAAAGACAGUGAGCAGUGAGACUUCAUAUAUACACUAAAACUGCUUAAUUACGCUGUAGUUGUUUUGGUGACUAUAGUGUCCCUAUAUUGUCAGACUUCAGUGUCACCAAAAGCAAUGCAUUAAAUGAACACUGUAGGCACCAUAACCACUAAAAAUGAAAUCUUAUAAGUAAAAAAAAAAAAAAUACUGCAAACUAGUAUGACUAAAAUUGCAGUUUAAGAUAAAGAACCAAGUGGGAAACUCCCACUUAAUUAUAAAUAAAACCCCAAAACAUUACAAAAUAAUAUCAGUCCAAACACAAUAGCUGCUACAGCUUAUUGCAGUGCUAAUGCUGCAAAGAUUAUUAGAGUAAAAAGCAUUUCACUGGUUUCAUAAGAAAAAAGGACCUAAAUCUUGGCCCCUUUGCUGUGGUUAAGUACACUUAUUCAUUUCUAGAUUUCGAGGUCUAUGAGUGUUUUGGGCAGAGUUUUCCUGCCCAUUUUGAUUUUGAAUGUUGUUUAUUGGAACCUGCAUCUUCAAUGAGUCUUUGGUCAUUCAGAUUUUGUUAAUGUUUAUUAUUUUGUUCAAACAUAAAACAAUUUAAAAAUAGAUUGUAAAAGAAAAACAAAAAACUGUUGUCGUCCAGAAACUCACACCUGAAGUAUAUUUCUUUAGAGAUUUAUAAAGAUUCAUUUAAUGGAACUAUAUAAUUCCUUUCAUAUUUUUUAUUUUUAUUCAUUCAUAUAUUUGCUGGUAACCUUCAAUUCCUCUUCGUGUUUAAGCACUUGUGGGGUCUACAUGGUGAUGCCUUGGAAAGAGGUAGUGCCACCAUCUUCUUCAGCACAGACUGAAAGGCACACUAUAGUGGUUAUAGUGCCUCUAGGACUCUGUGCACCCAAUCAGUGUGAGAUUUUAGAGUGGUUUGAGAUUAUACCUGGGGUCCACCGGAACCGCUUCCUGCCUCCUCUGCUUCAGCCAGAGAACCACAGUUACUUAUGCAGGCUAGUUCAUUGGCUGAGAGGGCCAUUAAAUUGCUCUCACCAAAAUUGCUCUCAUCAACAGCUAAAUACUUUAGGUAAGACAGAAAGCUCCCUGCUCUCUUGCAGAAGUAGUUCAGGCAUGGAGUGGGGCAAUUCUAAUUCAGUUUGGCACUUACACUGGAGAGAUACCAGAGCAUUGCUAAUCCCAAAGUGGACUGUAGUGGUUAUGGUGCUUGAAGUGUUCCUUUAAGCUACUAGCAGCGUCAUGUUAAAAAUAAAGCAUCACUGGUAUAAUCAUAUGUUUAUCUUCAUAUGAGAGAGUAUAAAACACGCCUCUGGAAGACCAUGGUAUCAUCUAGAGAUAAUCUUGCACGUUGCCAUGUGUCAUCACAAACUGGUUUAAAAAUAUCCAAUAAAUGGAUUAUUAUUAUGUUAUUUAUAUAGCGCCAACAAAUUCCAUGGUGCUUUACAAUGGGUGGACGAACAGACAUGUAGUUGUAACCAGACAAGUUGGACACACAGGAACCGAAGGGGUUAAGGGCCCCGCUCAAAGAGCUUACAUGGUAGAGGGAGUGGGGUAAUGUCAAACAAAAAGGUAAGGAUAGUAUUGAACACUAUUCACAAUCAUUUUGUACAAAAUUAGCAACAGUUCAAAGUACUGAUUCAAUAAAUUGCAAUGCAAUAUAAUGCCAAACUGAUUAGUCAUUUAAUUAAUAAUAAUUUCAAUAUAUGUAAAUAUUCUUUGCCAUAGGUCCUGCAAUUCCUGUUGGAGUUGAUGUGCAAGUUGAGAGUUUGGAUAGUAUAUCAGAAGUUGAUAUGGUAGGUUUGAAGUCAUAUUUAAAUAUAAACCUGUCACAUGUAAUGCAUGUAAAAAAAACAAUUGCUUUUUUACUAACAUUUCAGACCCUGUGUAAAAUAUAGCAAGAUAAAGGAUACUGUAUAUUGUCAAACAUUUUUCAUUUCCUAAUUAUUUUAUAAAGGCUAAACAAAUGAGUGAAAAAUAAAAAUUGGGUAAAUUUACUUUUUUUUGCAAAGCAAUCUAUACACAACAAAUGCUAGCUAUUGAUCCCGUGUUUCAAAUAAAUGUUAUACUGAGAUUUUUUUUUAAUCAAAAAGUGCUCAAGAGUGAAGAGGUUAAUUCCCUUAUCCUUAAAAAAAAACAAAAAAAAACAUGCAUACAGACAGAGGAUCAUUUUCUUUUUUUUUCUUUUUUUUUUAUUUAAACAUCUUUUUUUCGGUGCAAUACAGCCAAUCUACUCACGUGGUUAAUCACUUAAGUGAGAAUCAUUGAGAAUUAAAACUGAAUUAAACUUUUCAGGCCAAAACUGUCAAAAUGGAAAACAUUCCAGGUGCUGCUAUGCUUCCAGUUCAAAUACUUUGGUCUUAAAUGUGAAACUCCCAAUAUUUCUCAUUUAAGUAAAUAACUUUUUAAUGUUCUUUUACCACUACGCAUCCAUUCAGACUACACAAAAAGUAUUUUAUUUGAUUAAUUUGGCCUUUCAUGUAUGUACAUUGAUUAUCAGUGAUUGAACAGUGAUUAUCCAAAUACCCAAUUUCCGAACUGCCAUAUAUAGCAAAAAAUGACUCACACUUUUAUGAUUCACAAUUUUGUCAGUGACGCCAAAACAAAGAUAUGAUUGAUGGGAAAAAAAAGAUUAUUAAUGGCUAAGGCCACUAAAUGUUAUUCCUAUUUGCAGAUUAAGUGAAAAGUGACCAAUAGUGUGAAAAAUAAGGGGCACUAUAAAUAAAUCUACGUUUAUAUAUUUGUGUAUUUAAAGGACCAGUAAUGGCACCCAGACCACUUCAUCUAAAUGAAGUUGUCUAGGUGCAGUGACCCUUUAGUUUUAACUGUGAAAUGUAAAACAUGUUUCCGUUGCAGGGUUAAACACAGUGGCAGAUCCAGAGACUGAUUUCAGGAGGGGCACUUUUAUAUUAUUUAAAGAAAUAAUCCAUGCACAAUAACCACUACAGCUCUAUGUAGUGGUUAUGGUGCCAGGAGUGCCGGGACCCCUUCCCAGAGUAAGUAGUCAAACCGUUUAAGAACAGUUUGACAACUUACCUGGGAUCUGCUGGGAUAUGAGAUUUUAGUAGGGCAUAGGAGCCGUGGUGUAAUGUGAGGGGGGCAGUGUGUGUGUGUGUGUGUGGGGUGUAGUGUGUGGGGGGCAAUGUGUGUGUGUGUGUGUGUGUGUGUGUGGCAGUGUGCGUGUGUGUGGGGGCAAUGUGUGUAUGGGGGGCAGUGUAUGUGUGUGUGGGGGGCAGUGUGUGUAUGGGGACUUUAUUUGUGUGUGUGGCAAUGUGUGUGUGUGGGGGGCAGUAUAUAUGUGUGUGUGGGGCAGUGUGUUUGUAUCUGUGGGGCAGUGUGUGUGUAUGGGGUAGUGGUGUGUGUAGUGCAUGUGUGUGUGGGGCAGUGUGUGUAGUGUAUGUGUGUGUGGGGGCAGUGUGUGUAUGGUGGGCAGUAUGUGUGUAUGGGGGCAGUGUGUAUGGAGGGGCAUGGGGCAGUGUGUAUGGGAGGGGCAGUGUGUGUGGGGGGCAGUGUGUGUGUGUGUGUGUGUGGGGACAGUGUGUGUAUGGGGGCAGUGUGUGUGUGGGGGCAGUGUGUGUAUGGGGCAAUGUAUAUGUGUGGGGGGGGCAGUACAAUAUAUCAUUAUACCUUGCUUACAGUGAAUAUAAGAAGGAAGAAAUAAUUUCAUUUUAUAAUUACUCUAGGAUUUCACAAUGACACUGUACUUGCGGCAUUACUGGAAAGAUGAACGAUUGUCAUUUCCUAGCACCACCAAUAAAAGCAUGACUUUCGAUAGUCGUCUGGUAAAGAAAAUAUGGGUUCCUGAUGUCUUUUUUGUUCACUCCAAAAGAUCCUUCAUUCAUGACACCACAACAGAUAACAUUAUGCUGCGUGUGUACCCGGAUGGCCAUGUUCUUUACAGUAUGAGGUAGGAUUGGUCGCUUAAUACCAUGAAAAAAUAUAUAAAGUCAGUCUCUUCCUUAUGAGAGAAAUUUGCACUUUUCCUAUAUCCAUCACCAUUUCUAAGUAAAAUUCAAUUUUAGGCUUGUUCCUCCUAAGGCCAUAGUCUGUUCAUAAUUGGUUCAUCUUUUGUUUCUUUCUUAACUCUAUAGCCAGGUUUUCAUUAGUUGUUUGUUCCACAGUCAUUAUCCUUUUCCCUUCGCUCUGGCAACAAGUCUUUGUUUCCUUAUUAAUCCCCAAGCUUUGCAUAAUUUCUUCCCAUCUGCACUCCCAACAUACAGAGAUGUUACAGUAUGGGAAUUAAAUAGCAGAGCAUGUAUAUAUCCCUUGUCAUAGUUACAUAUCACAUAGUUACAUAGUUACAUAGCUAAAAAGAAACUUGCAUCCAUCAAGUUCACCCUUCCUUACAUUUGUUUUUGCUGUUGAUCCAAAAGAAGGCAAAAAAAAAACCGUUUGAAGCACUUCCAAUUUUGCAACAAACUAGGAAAAAAAUUCCUUCUUGACCCCAGAAUGGCAGUCAGAUUUAUCCUUGGAUCAAGCAGCUAUUACCCUACUUUUAAAAAUUAUAUCCUUGAAUAUACAGUUUUUGCAAGUAUGCAUCUAAUUGCUGUUUGAACAUCUGUAUGGACUCUAUUAAAAUCACUUCUUCAGGCAGAGAAUUCCACAUCCUAAUUGUUUUUACAGUAAAAAAACCUUUCCUUUGCCUUAGUCAAAAUCUUCUUUCUUCCAGUCUAAACGCAUGACCUUGUGUUCUAUGUAAAGUCCGGUUUGUGAAUAGAUUUCCACACAGUGGUUUGUAUUGGCCCCUUAUAUAUUUGUAUAAUGUUAUCAUAUCCCCUCUCAGGCAAUGUUUUUCUAAACUAAGGAGGUUUAAGUUUGUUAACGUUUCUUCAUAGCUGAAAUGUUCCAUUACUUGUAUUAAUUUUGUAGCCCGCCGUCAGAAUGUGUUCACUCGUUAUAUAUUCUUUUCAAAUAUUCUAAAGCCCAUUUUCACAAUAGUAAGAAGCUAUGCUGUGCAGAAGUAUACUUUUUAAUUUAAUGACAUUGACAUUUUAUGUAUUACGGACAUAUGGAGCAAAUAUGUAAUUAGCACAUAAGCAGUUUGAUUAAAAUACCUAGUAGUUUUUUUAUUUUCUCUUUAAACUGUUAUGUCUUGUUAGGCUCUCCAGUCAGUAUAAUGUCACUAUUAGUCCCCUUUACAGUAAGGCUGUCCUUUAAAACGGAGUACAGUGGAACCUCGGUUAACGAACGCCUCGGUAAACGAAAAAUUCGGUUUACAAAUGAGAAUUCGUAAAAAAAAAAUGCCUCGAUUUACGAAUUUUUUUUGUAAUAUGAAAACAAGUGUCCCGGUUUAUAGCUCUGCCCCCUGCAUACUGGAGUCUGGGUAGCACAUGAGUGUGGAGUGUGGAGGUGUUGGAGAAGUUUUCGAGCCAUUUGCAGCAAGUUUUUGAGCCAUUUGCAGCAAAUUGUGGAGCCUUUUGGAGCCAUUUGCAGCAGGUUGUGGAGUAUGGAAGGAGUGCAUCCACAAUCGGUACAAUCCUAAAAAUGAAAGAAAAGAUAACACCGCCUAACACCAACCCACUACUCCAGCCAAUGGACCAGCAGGUCAUCUCCAAUUUUAAAAAAACUCUACACAAGGGAGCUUUUCCGGCGAUGCUUUGAGAUGACAGAUCGCUCAAGCCUCACCCUCCAUGAAUUUUGGAGAGAGCCUUUUGACAUUGUGAGCUAUCUGUAGAUUAUCACCAUUGCCUGGGCCGGGGUCAGCCAGACAAACCUAAAUUCUGCUUGGCGCAACCUGUGGCCAGACUGUGUUGUGAAACCUGCCUCCAGUGCUUCUGCACCUGCACCAGAGUCAACUGUGUUGGAGGAAAUUGUUUCCUUGGGGAGGACCAUGGGCCUGGAGGUGACUAAGGAGGAUGUCUACGAGCUGGUGGAGGAACACGACCGUGACCUAACCACCGAGGAGCUGGUGGAAUUGCAGAAGGAGGCGAUGGAGGAGCAGAUCGCAUUUGAGGAGGAGGAGGAAAUGAGUGAGGAACAGCUCUCUUCCACGGAACUCAAGGAGGCAUGCCAAAUGUGGGUAAACCUACAGACUUUUGUAUAGCAGCACCACCCAGAUAAGGCUCUAGCCCACAGGCUUGUGAGCAGUUUUGACACAGACAUCAUGUCCCCUUUCCGAGGGAUGCUUAAAAGGCGCCAGAGGCAGCAGACAAUGGAAAGGUUCCUACAAAAACAGCCUAGACAUGAAGAAGAACCUGCUUGUGUUAGUGCUGCCCAAUUGCCCUCGUCCUCAUCUUCCAAAAAGUGUUGAAAUUUUUUGAAAUUUUCCAUGUUUUCCCUGUUGACGUGUGAUUUAUGUACAGUUGAAGUGUACUGUACCAUGUUACCAACAGUCUGCCAUGUUUUAAAGGUUGAUGUGUGAUGUUUUAAAACAUAAAGUUGGAUGUUUGAAAUGUUAUUGCUUGAUUAAUCAUGUCUCUGUACAGUAUUUAUGCCUUUAAAGUGCACUUUAUAAAGAGUUUUAAACAGACAAAAUACUUUAUUUGACUUUUUUCUCACCUCCGUAACGCAUUAAUUGGUUUUCAACGCAUUCCUAUUGGAAACCGUGUUUCGGUUUACGAAUAUUUCGCAAUACGAAACGUCCCGGAGAACGCAUUAAAUUUGUAAACCGAGGUCCCACUGUAACUGACUGCGUUCUGUGCGAUUUUAACUAUUUCCUGUGAAGACAUAUAUAUGUCUGCCAUGACAGACUUUUCUGUAUCUAUCUCAUCGAGAGAUCUAGAAUGCAAAUAUAGCCUUGGAUAUGCUGUCCAUCACUUCCUCUUGUAGUCUUGGAGUGACACCCUAACAGACCUAUUAGUGGAGUACACAGGGACCCAGAACUCACAUCUAGAACAGGGCUCCUCUGUUUUAAAGUGGUAAACAAAUGACAUCAAUUUGGGAUAAAAACUCUCCAACAUGUGGCCUCUCAGCUAUGAAUUGUCAUUGUAAGUAUCUUCUGUGAAUUUAAAGAAUGGAAUUUGACUAUUGGCUUGACAUUCUACAAGCUGGCAGAAUAUUUGGAAGUAUGACCAAUAAGAAGAUAUAUUGAUAUACCAGCUACAGAAGUCAAUUGUCUUUUGUAACUCUUGCAUUUGGCAUUAAUGGGACAUGUACUGUAACUACUACAGUUCGCUGUAAGCUGUUUUGGUGCAUUAAGUUCACCAAGCAGGAAUGUCAGUCAGAUCUAUUGAGUUAAGCUAGGGAUAGGCAACCUUUGGCACCCCAGAUGUUGUGGACUACAUCUCCCUUGAUGCUUUGCUAGCAUUAUGGCCAUAAGAGUUUUAUGGGAGAUGUAGUCCAAAACAUCUGGAGUGCCGAAGGUUGCCUAUCCCUGAGUUAAGCCAUGCAGGGCCGGCUUGUUCAAUGGUAUUAAAGCUUCUGCUUAAUAGGAUGCAAGAAAUAAUGCCCGGUGGCCCCAGGUAUCAAGUACUGUUUAAAAAUGUGACUACUUGCGAUGGGGCAGCACCAUAAACACUACAGUGAGCUGUGGUUUUUAUAGUGCUAGGUGUGUUCCUUAACUGUAAUGUUAUUAUAAUCUGCCCGUUAUUACUGCCACCUAUAGCUUUAAUGUUGUCCUACUCUGCAUAUCCAGUUACUGUCCUCUUAUGCCUAUUAUGUUACUGCUCCCUGUUGCUGUAAACUAUUGUUAGUAAAGUAUGUAAUGAGGAAAAUGCUAACAUUUUACGUUUAAUGAAGUAUUAAUCAAUUUUUUUUAUAUCUUGCCAAGAAUUACUGUCACGGCAAUGUGCAAUAUGGACUUUAGUCGUUUCCCUUUGGACACCCAGACAUGUUCAUUGGAGCUGGAAAGUUGUAAGUAAUACUUUUGUUGAAUAUUUUAAAAUCUCCAUGUCACCAGUUUUUAAUAACAUUUCAUUUAGUCCAUCUUUUACUAACACAAACUAGUAUUACAUAUUGUUUAUCAUUUACUAUAUCUUGUAUCAUUUACUUCUAUUAAUUUACUCACUGUUUAAUGUAAAGGUGAAUCACAUAUACAUACACACAUAUAUAUAUUAAAAUUAGUUGAUUUCUAGAAAAUAUUGUACAUAAUUACCGCUCUAUAAAUAUUCAAUUGAUCUAUUGUCACGAAAAGAAUGGAAAUGUUUUCUUGUAUUCAUAUUAUGUUUCUUAUUUUCACACUUAAUUGUAGCUUAUCAUAGUUAUUAAUGAAUUAUAAGUGGUUAUGGUGGUCAUUGUAUGCUUUUUUCCUAUUUAUUUAUAAGAUGCCUAUACUGAUGAAGACUUAAUGCUUUACUGGAAAAAUGGAAACGAAUCCUUAAAAACAGAUGAAAAGAUCUCUUUGUCUCAGUUUUUGAUCCAGAAGUUCCAUACUACAUCAAGACUUUCCUUCUACAGUAGCACUGGUAUUAAAAAUGCAAAUCAGUGUUCACUUUGUUUGGAGCCUUUUAGAACCUAGCUUGAAGUUUAUAAGCUUGGUGUACAAACCAGGAAAGAGGUUGAGGAUGCAAGGAUUAGAUAAAAAAUAAUUUCACAAAAAAACAAGUAAAAAUAGUGGUAUUUUAUUGGUGUGAGAUAUUGGGAUAUAAUUGGAUUUUUUUUACAUCCUGUAGUUUAAAAUCAUGGUUUCAACAGGGUGGGGCCACUGCCCAUAGAACCAGGGCCACAAUGGACCUCCUGAGACAACUGUUCAGCGAGUGGAUAAUUUCCAGAAAUUCAUUGAUUAAUUGGGAGCCACGUUCGCCUGAGCAUUCAGCUCCCGAUUUCUUCCUGUGGGGAUAUCUGAAGGAGUGGGUUACUUGAACAAACCGGGUACACUUGUGUAACUCAAGAAGAAUGUCCAUGCAGAAAUAAAUAAUAAUAAUAGUGCCUUAAACAUUAACUAAAUUAUAGGAUUAUGAACAAUGCAAUUGAAAGAGCCCGACUUAAAAUUAUUUUUUUUUAAAUAGCCUUCCAGCUGAAGUGGUAGAGGUUUACACAGUGAGGCAGUUUAAGCAUGCGUGGGAUAGGCAUAUGGCUAUCCUAACUAUAAGAUAAGGCCAGGGACUAAUGAAAGUAUUUUGAAAAUUGGACAGACUAGAUGGGCCGAAUGCUUCUUAUCUGCUGUCACAUUCUAUGUUUCUAUGUUAAGAUCACAUCUUCCGUACCUAGUCAAACAAAUCUCCAUAUGUUAAGCAUUCAUUGUAUGUAAUAUAAUUGAAAUUGGUUCAUUAAUAAAAAAGUUUUUGGAAUACAGGGCAUUCCUAGUCAAGCAUUCCUAUUCAAAGAAUUUGCAGGUUUUUCAGCCUGAAUCUUACCUUUACCAACUGUUAAUAGUCUUUCUUUUAAUUAACAGGAUAUUACAAUCGACUCUACAUUAGUUUCACAUUACGGCGUCACAUCUUUUUCUUCCUGCUGCAAACAUAUUUUCCUGCUACACUGAUGGUCAUGCUAUCCUGGGUCUCCUUCUGGAUUGACCGUAGAGCAGUUCCUGCUCGUGUCUCUCUGGGUAGGUAAACCAUGCAUCGUACAAUGCAUUACAAGAGGAGAAAUUGCUUUUGAUCUGCAAAGGAAUAACAAAGAUUAUCUUUGUGUCUGACAGUUAUGGCCUGUCUGUCAGGCUUCUAUUUUUGAGAAAGCUUUUUCCCCCAGCUAGACAUAGUCACUGAAAGGUAACAGCUUAGUUAGACAGCCAUGACAGGAAGGGCAUUAUUUGGUUAGGGAUAUUAAAAUGCAUUUUUUUUUUUUUUUAUGCAAUAAUUUUACUCAUACAGACUGGAGUGCAUACUAAACUUGUACACGGUGAGAAAAUUAGUCAAAGUUAAAAAAAAUUCUCAAAAACAGUAAAUUUUUCUGUAGGCCUGAAAUUUGCCCAAUUGUCAAUCUGCCUUGGCAGAAUUUGGGUAUUAAAAACCCAUUUCAGAAAAUAUAUCAGGGGGACCAAAAGGUACAAAAAAUGGGCCAAUCAUAAUGCAAAAUAUAUGCUAUAUUAUAUAAUGUUAAUUCUGGUACAUUUCGGUUUGGGACUCAGACCGAUCGCUUGAACUGUAGUUCAGACCGAAAAAAUGUAUAAUGCAUAUGUCAGAAGGUUUAAAAAAAAUAAAAUAAAAAUUCUGCUGUUUCACAAAGUAUUUGACAAAUUUGUAGAGAAACCCAUAGUGGCUGGAAAUAGACCAGGGGUGUCAGAUACAAGAACGCUACAUUCAUAUUCCUACAUUUAAUAUAUAAGACUAGUGCAGAUGCUUGAGUACAAGGCAAAUACAUUGGAAUGGCAUGCCCACUCAUCACACUACUGUGUGAUUGGCUCUAAAUACUGGCAGGCGCUUUCUCAUUGUGAUGACUGACUGGAAAAAUAACCGACUGUUUAUCAAAAAGGUCCGUUGGCAACUUUAAAGCAACACCCAAUCAAGUCACCAGAACCACUACAACGUCCAUUAAUGCUUCUGAUACCUAUAGUCUGUCCCUGCAGGCUGAACACUGUAAAUGCUGCCUUUUCAAAAGUGCUGCCUCUAGUGUUUUCUGCCACUAGAGGUGCUGUCUAGUCCACCUAUGUUGGGUGUCUCCACGAUCUGCAUGGACACACUGAACGUAUCCCAAUGGGAUUAAUUGAGCCAGAUGCUUUAUUUGAACAGUGCAACGUUUUGCAGCGCAUGCACAAUGGCCUACCAAUGCUUUUGUGGGGAAGUAUUGGAUUGGCUGCUAUCAUCAAGAUUGAUUAUCUCAGCCAUGGAGGCAGGGCUAGUCACGACAAGACCAGCACUGCAUGGGAGACAUGCUUUUCCUAUGUGAUCUGAGAGGGGCCGCAGACCUAAAUAGUUAGUUUAAUACUUUUGUGUUAGGAGUACCUGCUUGUAUUCCUGACACUAUAGUGUUCCUUUAAUGGUUGAGUGUAUUAUCAUGGACAUUAUGGACACAAAGUAUCUAUUGCUCAGCAGAAACAAUCACUGCAUGAGAAACAUACAUUCACAGCUAGAGCUGCAACAAAUAUUUUGUUUCCUCUACUUGUUCUUUUUUUACAUUGUGGCAAAAAGACCAACCCAAACAGAAACAGAGCUCUGUUUUAGAAAGAGUAAGAGACAGACCCUGAUAUACAGAAUGCCGAGAUGCUUGGUUAAGAGAUGCGUGCUUUAUAACAAUUUUUUGUUGUGUGCUUUUUACUAAAAAAACAAAUGUAAAUUCAAUUUUCCAGGUAUAACUACAGUUCUGACCAUGUCCACCAUCAUUACUGGAGUAAAUGCCUCCAUGCCAAGAGUUUCAUAUAUCAAAGCUGUGGACAUAUACCUCUGGGUUAGUUUUGUGUUUGUCUUCCUAUCGGUGCUAGAGUAUGCGGCUGUGAAUUAUCUGACCACGGUGCAGGAGAGGAAGGAAAGGAAACUCAGAGAGAAGGUAAGGGAUGUAAUCAGGGCCAGAUUAAGAGCCCAAUGGGCCUGGAGCGGACAAUUACAAUAGGCCUAAUUACAGAAUCUUAUCGACUAAAAACACUAAAACAGUCAUACCUCCAAAGCGUCAUGUAUCUGAUGGAGAUGAUGCUGGAGGGAAACUCAUAGGAUGCAACUAUAAGAAAACAAAUACCCAAUGCUAAUCUCUCACUUUCAUCUUUCAAGUAAAUCCGUACCCCUAAUAGCAGUGUCCAGUGAAGCAGGAAGUCAAUGGGCGGGCUAAAAGGGUGUGCCACUGACACAAAUCAUGUAACCAGAACUGUCGAAAGGGACAAACAUGCCCAAAAAGGGGGCAUGGCAGCCCAAAGAAUUGGAAGGCCUGCCUGGCAUGAAUGCAUGUCAGGCUGCCUGUCAAUCAUGCAGGCUGGCCAACUAAGGGCAUAAUAUGCAGACAGACCCCUGUGCUUGGCAUAGAUACGUCUAAUGAUGUGUUCGCUCCAUGCUUUCGAAGGACGGUUCCCUAGCACUCACAUGUCCACUUGUCACCUUUCCUUCUUACUAGCAGGCAGAAGCUCCUGGUAUAUAGUCUGGGACAUAGAAAAGUUGUAUGUAGUGAGUGUAGAAGAAAGGAGAUGCCACAGUGUUAGAGAGACUAAAGUCGGCAUUACCUUAACUAAUUUCAUUGUCAGCCUGUCCACACAAGUUUUCUUCCCAUACAUCCCUUUUAAGUUUCCAUACUUAUGCAAGAGUAUGUGAAGAGUAGUUAGGGUUGCAACCUUUCAUGGAAAAAAAUACCGGCCUUAAUAAUUUGCAUAAUUAAUUAUGUAUGCGUAACGUAAGAGAAAAUUUUGUAAAAGCACUCAAAAACUACUUACAGUUUGAUUCUGCCGUUUCGAUGGAUUUCUCCCAGUUUCUCCCUGUCUUCCAAUGUCUGUCGCCCAGUGUCCCCAGGUCUCAGUGUCCCCUAUGUAUCAGUGUCUCAGUGCCCCAUGUCUUAGUGUCCUCUCGUGUCUCCAUGUCACCCAGUGUCCCCUAGUGUUUGUGUCCCCAUGUCUCCCAGUGUCCCCAUGUCACUAGGACACUAGGAGACAUUGUGAGACAUGGGGACACAGACAUGGGGGCACUGGGAGACAUGGGGACACUAAGACACUUGGGAACACUGGGAGACAUGGGGGAUCUCAGUGUCCCUAAGUCUCCCAGUGUCCCAAUGUCUCAGUGUCUCCCAGCAUACCCUAUUGUCUCAGUGUCCCCAAGUGUCUGGGUUCCCGUGUCUCCCAGUGUAUCAUUUUCCCCCAAGUCUCCCAGUGUCCCCUAGUGUCUCAUUGUCCCGAGGUUUCCCAGGUCUCCAGUGUCCCCAUGUCUCCCAGUGUCCCCUAGUGUCUCCCAGUGUCCCCAUGUUUCCUUGCAGCCUUCCCCCCAUCCCUCACUUACCUGAGCAGAAGGCUGUUUCUGCAGGCUGGGAGCUGCUGUCUGGGCUCAUUGUGAUGUCUACCUACUCCCCCGCAGAUCAGUGAGUAGAGAGAGGCGGGAAUAUGCUGUAACUUCCUAUGCUGGUGCUGAUAUUGCAGAGUAAUACUGAGAAAAAUACUGGCAUUUGUAUUGCCAGUAAAACUGCAAUACAGGUACUGACCAGGCAGCAGGUAAAAUACCGGCCAGGUGUAACCCUCAGAGUAGUGCGUAAAAAUGUUGUUGUUUUUUUUUUCAUUCAAUGAGCCUAUUCCAUGGGCAUUGGCCUGGAGCUGCAGCUCCAUCAGCCCCUAUGUUAAUCCAGCCCUGGAUGUAAACUUAUUGAUCAUCAACAGUGCUAAUGUAUAGAUUCCCCUAGCUCUAACAGGGCUACUCUAAAAUAUGCUUUCUUUCGAUCUCAGUAUGACAAACCUUUUAUCAUUGUUUAAUGUUUACUAGACGUGCGCAAAAAUUAGUUUGAGGUGGAGUGAAUCAAUUCACCCAGGAUUUGCCUGUGGAGUAUAGUCCAUUGAAGACUUCUUCACAGAUAAUUCCUAGAUUGAUCGACUAGUUCAGGUGUAUAUGAACGAAGCAUAUGGAACAAAUUGUUGCUCAAAUCUGAUGUUUACUACUCACCGAGUUCUGUAUGUUGUGUUAACCUCUCCUUCUAAUUGGUUUCUUUGUCUUGAUAUUUAAAGGAAUUCUAGAGUUUGAGGAACCAAAAUACAAAUUAAUAUCUAUGUAUUUAGAAUGCAAUGUCAUAAAAGUCAUUGUUAGUGUAUUGGUCAGGUGUUCCUAAUACUUUUGUCCAUAUAGUGUAUAUGGCAGUUCAUUUGCCACCACUGCUGCCACUCCAACUGCCAACACCUAGUUUGUAUGAGGUUAACAUUUCUUCUUCAGAUCCCUGUUAAGUCAUACCACAUCUACUGAAAUAUAGAAAUGCUUACAGCAAAAUUCCAGCCUGCACCUUACACUGUAUGCCUGGGAAUCAGCCAAACAGUAUUUAGUGAGAAGGAAUAUAAAGCAGAUUUAAAAUUCUACACUUACAAUGGUUAUGCAGUUCUUCUGCUCAAAAAAAACAAAACAAAAAAAAAAACACACACUUAGUCAGAAUAAUAAAACAUAAUAUUAAACUUCUACGACCCCAAGUUGAGGCUACUUUGCAUUAUUAUGUGUGUUCAUUAUUUUUUUAAUUGUAAUCAAAACAAUAGCAAGUGAAUUAUUUUAAAUAGCAUCAACAUAAUUGGUGCAAUAACCCAGAACACAAAAAUGUAUAAUACAAAAUAACCGUAUAAGGUGUGCUGUGCUUUUAAACGAUUGAAAAUAUAUGUGAUUUUGUUUAAAAAGCAGAAGUUAUAUAAAAAAAAAAAAAAUACAAAGGUAAUUUUUCAAAUACACACAUGUGCUUAGAGGGAUCCUAUCGUGCCAGGAGAACCAACCUGUUUUCCUGGCACUAUAGGCUCUUGGAGUGCCCCCUUCCCUCGGCGCUGGUGACCUCUUCUCCCCCGCCAAUGUCCGCUCCCAAGUGGAGCUAAAAAGUGCAUGCGUGGCCAGCGGCGUGCACGCAUUCAAACCAGCCAUAGGAAAGCAUUACUCAAAUCUUUCCCAUGGGGAUCUUAUUUGACGCUGGACUCCGUGAGGACAUCCAGCGUCAAAUAGGUGCGAUUUACUCAGUGUAAAUCGCGGAAGCUCCUCUAGUAGCUGUCAGGGAGAAAGCCACUAGAGGCUGGAUUAAUCCUGCAAUGCUAUGUUUUCAGCUGCAGGGUUAAAACUAGGGGUCCUGGCACCCAGACCACUUCAUUGGGCAGAAGUGGUCUGGGUGCCUAUAGUGGUCCUUUAAUAAAGUGUUUUGUGCUAAUGUGAUUCUUGUGAUUAAAGAAAUAUGAUUGAUUAAAGAAACCUAUCAUAUUUCUUUAAUCACAAGAAUUUGUGGUGAUCACUUUAACACAAAGUACUUCAUUCAGCACAUGUGUGUAUUUGAAGAAUGACCUAUUGGUUUUGUCAUUUUUUUAUUUUUUUUUACAAAAUCACAUAUAUUUCUAAUUAAUUUAAAAGCACAGCUCACUUUAUAUGGUUAUUUUGUACUAUUAUUUUAAUUACCUACAAAAUCAGAAAUGUUUUUCAGUCAUAUUUUAUUAAUACACUAUACUGUUUGUUAAAUCAUAAGGGGUUACUCAACAUCUAAUCUGCAUUCCAUAGUUAAGAAAUUCACCCAGUUAACACAUCAUGUGUAGUUAAAUUUUAUAAUUAUUUUUUCUUAUAUUGUACACAUCUUAGCAUUCCGUUGUACCCUCAGAUAUUUAUUAUAUCAAUCAAAUUCCCCAGAUUUCAAGGCAUGAUGUCUACAUCACUACAGAAUGAAAAUACACUUAAUACAACCUGCAAAAAGUAGAACAUUAUUUUAAACAGAUCUGUAAUGUUUUAAAGGAAUGUGGAUAUAAAAUAUGAAGCCUGCCUAAGCUUGCAUUUUGUAACUAUUUCAUUUCACAACCUGACUUGACUGUAGUUAGGCUUUAGAGGCCACCAGUUAGGUCCAGUUUUUAAAAUAUCAAAUUUUAAAUGAUUAACUGUCACUUGCCACAUGUUUUUCAGUUUCCUUGUACGUGCGGAUUGUCUCACACAAAAACUAUGAUGCUGGACGGAAUGUAUGGAGAUCCUGAAACAAAUAGCCUGGCAGGAUAUACAAAAAGCCAUAUUGUUGCAGAAGAUGUGGAGAAACAGGACAAGAUGGUGGUUCACAUGGCCAUGAGCCCCAGUUCCAGUGCAGCCAGGAAGAAGGUUAAGGGUCACGUUGGCUUACGUAUCAUGCAAAACACUCAUGCCAUUGACACAUAUUCUAGGAUGAUAUUUCCUGCUUCAUUUAUUUUCUUCAACUUGAUAUACUGGUCUGUAUUUUGCUAGAGAGAUCAACAUAUUAUAGUUAUCGUACUUCAAAGAUAAGUGUUUCAGGAAAGUCACUUAUCUCUACACAGACUAUCUCUGCAUUAAUCAUCAUUAACUCUACACAAGUGUAACAGUAUCCCAAGAAUUACAAUGCUUUGCUUAUGUCCUGUGAAGCAGUGAGACUCAAGAAACACCAACAAUAUUCCUGAUACACCGGAGCAACCAUUGUGAUGUUCUGUAUGAGAAGCUAAACAAGUCCUCCACUGUAGUAAGAAAUAGUAUAGUUACAGCCAGGGAAUAUGUGCAAACAUGAACUGCCCUCCUUGAAUAAAACUGAUUUUAUUUCAAUGUAAUGGGACUUUGUACUUAAAAAACAAAAAGAAAACCAGAUUUUCCCAUUGCCAUCGUUUACCAGUUAUUCUGUAAUGUACAGGGCAGGAAGAUAGAUAUAGUCUAAAUAUUUAUUUGUGACUAAUCCGCAGUACAAAAUAAUAAUAAUAAUAUACAAAGUGCAGUAAAUAUCCUAAUGGCUAUUUCAAGACACAUUUUGAUCCGGGCUAAUGGGAACAGCUAUGAGUAUCUUGGUGGGACCACCAAUAGAAUAAAAGACCUACACACCUCUUACCACUCUACAGCCUGGAGUUGAGUUAUUCAUCUGUGAGUUUUGCGGCAAACAUGGAGUCUAUGGAUACAGUUUUUCUAAUUCCCAUAUAUUGCUAUGUAAAUUGAGGACCAUGUGGCAGAUGUUAUAUAUAAGGGCUUUUCCAUAGCUUCAUAUUACUCUCUUGGCUUUUCUUUUUAUUCAAAGCACUCUACAACAGAAACAUCUUAAAGGAGAUGUUUAAACGUAUGCAUUGUUAUUUGCUAAUAUGUUACAGAGCACCUUGAAAUAUACUUGCGUUGUGGUGAAUGAAAGCACAAUAAUUUUAAUAAAGAAAGACAAUGAAUCCUGUGCAUGAAACUGUAUUUUGAUGACAUCAUGAUAGAAGUUUUAUUCAGCUGUGAAAAACAGCCACUUGGUAUUAAAUGAAAAUUUAGCGAUGAAUUCUUUGUGAUACAAUGACGCAAGAGUAAGAGACAGAAAAAGCGCAAAACACACAGAGGGUUAAGAGCCCUGAUUCACUUAAGAAAACUGUGCUGCCUUACGUGGUGUGGGGGGUGAAAAAUAAACCAUAUUGCAAGUUUCUUUACUUUUGCAGAAAGAGAAAAGCAGGUAAAUGUAUUUGGAAUAUGCCUCCUACAAGAACCGAUCAAAGUGAAAUUGAUAAAUAUAAUAGAUUUGGUUUAAUAAAUAUGAACAUGCCAUACAUUGUAUAGAUGUAUUACUGAUGAUAAACUAGACUUUGCAUUAGUCUAAAUGAUAUGUGUACAUUCCGUGACAAUAAUAAGUUUCCCCCUGGCUUUGCCAUUAGGAAAUACAUCUGAAUUGCCACUCCAGGUCAAAUCUGUGAUUUUCAUCAAAUGUUGCUAACCCAGAGUGCAUUCAGAUAUUAGACUAAACUUGGCAAUAAUGUAUUCAUCUUCUCAUACCUUUAUAAAGACCUAAUUAUUUGACUGACUUAAACCAUCUCCUGUCUUGUUCUCAAUGGUCCAACUUUUAUCAGAUGGCCUAUUUUAAAUCAAGUCACUUCUAAAUGUUUAAAUGCUUGAUGGUCAGUAAAAACAAACAUGCAUAGUAAAAAAAAAUAUGAUAAAGAAACAUUUUUGAUUCAAUAAAUGGGACUAGCCCUAGAGGCUAGAAAAACAGACUAAACAGCACAAUAAAAUAAGACUUGCUAUAGGACUAGGUUGAUACUCAUAAUUCUAUUCUACAGCCAUUACAAUUUUUUUUCCCCUAGACCCUAAACCUUCACUAAACGUGUUCAGUAUCCCAAGCUAUCGUUACGAAGUUUGAAUCAGUUGCUACUAAAGUACAGCAAAUGUAAAUUUGUCAUUGAGAAUAGUGCCUACAGGUCUAGAAAGUUGAUCUACUAUCCAAAAUGUAUGAAAACAUUUUACCAUUGUGCGUAUUUGCAAAGAUCUGUGAUUACGUUAUUUAUGUUUCCAUAUGUGAUCCAUGAUAACAUGCUACUACUAAAAAACAGUUGAAGAAGAGCAAAGGAAUGUAUGUGCAUAGAGCAAUUUCAAGACAUUGAGACAUGGUGUGGUCAUUAAACCAAUGUAGUCACAAUUGUAUGUUCCUGUAGAUCGUUCCCCUGAAAUUUGUACAAAAAUUGCUUUAUUCUGGAAGGGUAACUGACUAAACUGGGAAGUGACUGAAAUAGAAAAUCUUAACUGAAAAUAGCUGAUUUGUAGAAUUUUAGUCACCAGCGUUAUCUAUUUAUGCAAAAUUAAACCAUAUAAAACAUUUUCAAAUUCUUAUCCAGACUAUAUAAUGACAAUGACACUGACAGCUAUGCACAUUGCAAUACUAUGCUUUAGACAUUAGACAGGUUAAUAAAAAUGUAAAUAUUAACUAACAUGCCCUAGUUAUUGUAACAAAUCUGAAGACAAUCGCGCAUUUUGUAAAUUAUUUCAUACUUUGGACAAAAUAGUUUUUAUGCAUUUGUGUAACUGUAUAUACAGUAUAUAUACUUCUUUAUAUGUGAGAAUUGUUAUAUGUACCUUAAAGACAUGUAUAAUAACCUACAGCUACUAAAUAUAUUAAUGCUGAAUGGAAGAAGUUUGAUGUAAAAUUCCUAUGUAUAAACAACAUUCUACAUAUAAACAAAGCACAAUAUAGAUAUUUUUUCCCAUGUGUACAUUAGAUGGGUGUUUAGGUCUGUAUGUCUUAUUUUUAUUUAUAUGAAUACUGUAUAGAAUUACUCAA